AUGGCGAAGGCGAGGAAGGGUGUCGCGGGCAUCACGAGGAGGAGACGACGCGGAUUGCUGGCGAUCCCUGUUCUUGCUACCGCUACUGCUGCCGUCCUUGCUCUCGGGGUUGAUGCGGUGUCCGUACCUGAGGCCCCGGCGAGGGUAGACUUGGAUGUGAUGAGCGGAGACGAGGUGGCGGUGGCAUUUUCCGCUCCGCUGAGCGAUGGAGGGUCUGCGGUGCAGAGCUACGAGAUUGAGUGGGACACCGACCCUGGAACACGAGAGGUCCAGUGGAUAAAAACCUAUGCCGACACCGGCCCAAACGAGAUCCAGUCUAUCACAACCACCGCCGACGAUGUUGAUGAGGUGCAACAGCUCAUUAUCUCUACAAACGAGACCCGAGAAGUUCAGUCCAUCACCGUGUCCGAUGCAAGCGCGGGAUCGUUCAUGGUCACCCUCGACCUCACGGCUAGUGGGGGCUCCGUGCAAACGUCGGGGGAAAUUGCCUACAAUGCCGACGCGACCGGCGGGCGUACUAGCGUCCAGGGCAUCCUCGAGGCGAUGAAAAACCUUGGCCCGGAUUCCAUUCACAACGUCACGUCUACCUACGACCUCGUAUCCGGGUCGACCUACACCUACACGUGGAACGUAACCUUUUCGGCGGCCUUCGGCGAUGUCCCGGAGAUGUUUAUCGGAGAAGCUGAUGCCGACCUUUCGUCCGUCGGUGCGGACGUCAACAUCGCUACCGUGCAGGAUGGCAACGUCAUCGGUGGAGACUUUCGCCUGGGCUUCAGCGGCUACACGACAUCGACCAUUUCCUACGAUGCCACUGCGUCUGAGCUCGGCAAGGCUCUUGCUGACCUACCUAGCAUCGAUUCCGUCGAUGUGGAGCGUUUGGGCCCAGAUGACCAGGGCGGUUUCAACUGGACGGUAACCUUCACCAGCGACAACCAGGAUGGCGACCUUCCCCUGCUUACCGUUGAAGCAGACGACAUCACGGCAACGGGCGCGUUCAUGGAGGUGUACUCGCUGGAGGAUGGCAGCUAUCUUGGCGGUUUCGUGAAUGUUACGUUUGCUGGGAAUUCGAGCCAGGUUGCGGCCAACGCGACGGCGGAGGAGAUGCGGGUUGCCCUAGAGGCCCUCGGCACUGGAGGCCUGGCUGUCUCCAGAGAAGGCCCGGAUAACCAACAAGGCUACGUCUGGACGGUGAACUUUCUAGAGACGGAGGGAGACGUUGACAUAAUCGAGGUGCAUGGGCCAGACCUCACGGGAGACGGGAGCGCCGUUGUUUCCGAGGAGGUUCGCAAGGGUACCUGGCAGGAGAUCCAGACCAUAGUGGUCACUGCCGCGAACGACCUGUUGGCCGUGGACAACUCUACGUAUUUCGUUCUUUCCUUCGGGGGUGAGGUGACCGGUCCUAUCUUGGCCAACGGCAAUGGAAGCUGCGAGCCCGCCGUUUCCGAGGUUCAAGUUAUAUCAACGUCCACAUCCGAUACUACUUCUGCGGGCGGAGAUGCGCACGUCUCAUACGGCCUAGCUUUCCAGCUGGUGUUCUACUCCAGAGACGGCAUGGUGGCUUUGAGCGACACCAUUGAUGCCAACCCUUCGUUCGGCGACUGUUCCGAGCCUGCAGAGUCCAUCCAAGACGCUCUAAGAGAGGUGGAAGGACUAGCAGGCGUUACCGUCAGCUCCAAUAGCACCAGUGCCGGUGACUCUUGCGACUGGUUCGUGACCUUCACGGACACACCCGGAAAUCAGGACCAGGUACAGCGGGUGGUGGAUGGCUGGGAAAAGAUGGCGGAUAAAAACGUACAUGUUCGGGUUGAUACAUUGUCAAUACCAAUGCUGAUGGCUGUGGUGAUUGACACCGAGGGACCGGCAUCUUCGGUAACGUUUGGGGAUGACACCGUGACGGUGGGGACGCUCAUCAACGGAACCGUUGACUCCAUCAAGCUUGAACUGGAACUGCUCCCUGCCGUUGGCGAGGUAACCGUUCACGCUCGAGAGAACGAAACCACCAGCGAGACAUGCACCUGGGACUUAGUGUUUGAAACAAACACGGGGCUGGAAGGAGACGGUGGCGAACUGCCCCUGAUCACGGCUGCCUUCUACAACAUCACCAACUCGAGCUACUCCGAUCUCGACACCACCGUAACACAGGACAUGCACGAGAUAGUGGUCUCCAGGAACCGGUCUGGAACUAGCGUCCACCUCGGCGGAGAUUUCGCCCUGUCGCUAGAUGGGUCGAGGUCUCAGUAUCUCCCCAGCAACGCAUCGGCCAGGGACGUUAAGCUAGCCCUCGAGGCGCUUGACACUGUGGGGACAGUGGAUGUCGAGAGAUACGACGGCGACGAGGAGGUGUACGCCGGAUACACGUGGAUAGUUACCUUCAACACCGACCUCGGCGACGUCAGUAGCCUUACCGCUGACACCAUGUCCAUGACCGGUUCAGCACCUGUCCUCGCGGUUUCUGAAAGCGUCAAGGGCGUGGGCCCCUCCUUCGCAUCCCUGGAUCCCUACAACUCCUUGCCCCUGGGCUCGGCCACUCUGACCGACCUGUCAGACUUGUCUAUGUCCGUGGCCGGAUUGGAGGAAGGGGUCGCGUAUUAUUUCCGCGUGACGGCGUCCAACUACAUCGGAUCAGGGCCUCCUGCGGUGGCGGAGACACCAUACGCUAUUCCUCUCCCGCAACCCAGCCAGCCCCCGUCCAACAUCACGUUAGAGGCUGUAGAUGGCAGCACCCUUAGAGUCGACUUCAGCCCUCCUUCCUCCACCGGUGGAGAAGAAGUCGACAGCUACCGCGUGGAGUACUCGACGUCCCCAUUCUUCGAGGAGGCCCAAGCCCUGACCAUCUCCUGCGAGUCAGAGCCGGAGGUGCAGGUAGUCACCACCAACGCCACCGCCGUGCCUGAAGUCCAGCUUUUGCACCUCAAGAUGGACGACAACUUUACCGCCGACUAUCCCGGGACGACGGUCUUCGAGGUCCAGGAAGUAUCGUGCGACGCUAGCGCGGGCACGUUCACGCUAACCUUCGACGGUGCAGAGACCGACAGCAUCAGCUUCGACGCCGAUGAAGCCGGAGUGAUCUCCGCUUUGGAAGAGAUCUCCACGAUCUCCGAAGUCAACGUCACCUUCAAAGACGGAGUUUCGCAGGCCUGUCAGGCCUACCCUUCGUCUCUGGGUUUCAACGUCACCUUUUUGGAGGCUGUUUACUACCGGGGAGAUGUCCCACUCAUGACUUCAAACAUCGACAACCUAGAGGGUGCUCGGCGCGCGGACGUGACGGAGGUGUCGAAGGGAUACGCCAGCAUGGGAGGCACUUUCAAGCUUACCUUCAACGGACACACCACGGAUAUCAUCAGCUACAACGCCGGCGCAGCCGAUAUUCAGGCGGAACUCGAAGCCCUAGACCCGAUUGGCUAUCUCGGCGUCAACGUCACCUCGGCGGGUCUCAGUGCGCAGUACGAGAAGAUGUGGCGAGUGUCGUUUGUCGGCUCCACCGUGGAAGGCGAUGUGGAAGCGAUGCAGGCUCUGGACUACAACACCGCCUUGACGGGCAACGGUGCUGCAGUUGCGAUCUACGCGGAUGGAGAGGAGACUUCCUCGGACAGACGAGGCGCAGACCCCUCGGUUGUCGGCAACCAGCUGUCAGGCACCUUCACGCUCACGCUGAGAGGAUGGGAGACAGAGAGCAUCGACUUCAACGCCGCCGACACCGAGAUGGAACUGGCUCUCGAAGCCCUGCCCAACGUAGGCUCUGUGUCCGUCAACCGCAAGGGGCCCGACGGACAGCUCGGCUACUCCUGGUAUGUCACGUUCGUGGAAAACCCUGGAUCAUUCCCAGCGGGGUCCGGGGACGUAGCUCUCCUGUCUACGGACUCUUCUUCCCUGGGCGGGGACGGGGCCUGGUGUACGGUGGAAGAGAUGUCUGCGGGCACCCCGGAGCUGUCGGGAGCGUUUGUCCUUGCGUUUACAGCGAGUGACGAUGGUGGCAGUGGCGGAGUGACGCGCUACACGGACGAGCUGCCGUACAACUCCUUGGCUGAAGAGGUGGAGGCAAGCCUCGAAGCCCUGGACGAGGUGGGCAACGUGGUCGUCACGCGGACGACGCACACCGACGGUUACACGUGGACCGUGACCUUCGCAUCCUGCCGAGCAAAUGACACAUCCGGUGCCGACGUGUGCAAUACCGGAGACGUAGAGCUGAUUUCCUUCGCGGCCAACGGAAGCCUAUCCGGGUGUUAUGGCGGGAGCGGGCCGGCGUCGUCGUCUAUGGUGGUGGUUAACGGGUCUGCUGGGGAGGAAGUCGACAUGAUGGAUCUCUCGGACGGUCCCCCGUACAGGCACGACAUUACGGGAUUAGAAGCCGGCACAGCCAUUUACGCGAGGGUGAGCGCCCACACGCUCAUGUCCUACGGGUACGCCGGCCUGUCCAAGCCAGAGUUUGCGACUCCUUCGAAUGUGCAGCCAGGCCCCCCCGCGGCCGUACGCCUCGUGGAAACCUCCGAGUCAUCGAUCGCGGUUGAGUGGGACCAUCCCACCGUGGACGGAGGGGCAGACAUUGCCGGGUACGAGCUGUGGAUGGGAGAAUGGGCGACUUCUAGCUUCCGGCUUGUGUACGAUGGAGUGGAUGACGAAGAUACUACGUCCUUCACCGUCGACACCAGCAACUUCCCCGAGCUGGAGAGCGGACGCGCUUACCGUUUCAAGGUGCGGGCAGUUAACUACUGCUCGGCAGUGGACACGGGCAGCAUCUGCUACGGUGACUUUUCGCCAUCAACGGCCUACACUGUCAGGGAACCACGGAUGCCCAGCGCGCCAACACAGCCCCUUCGGGAUUCUUUGACAAACCUCGGGACUGCUGCGUACGAUGAUGCAGAGGUAGGGAUCUUGUGGUCAGCUCCCAUGGACAAUGGAGGCUCCGAGGUGCUGAGUUACAAGGUGCGGUUCGAGGACCAGGCCGGAACCCUCACCUCGGUUGAUGUCGACGCCGGGGACGUGUGGGGGCCCCAGGAGCUGCUGGUGUCCAGCCUGUCAGAGGGGGAACUGUAUACGUUCUACGUGCAGGCCGUCAACGCGUAUGGGACGUCUGGGGCUAGCCCUGCUCUCACCGUCGUCGCAGCCCUCCGUUCAGGCAUGGCGGUGGGGGGUAACCAGACGUACGCAACCGUUUCGCCCACGGUGUUGGCGGUUUCAUCGAGCGAGGUAACUCUAUCCUGGGCAGCACCCGUCGACACUGGAAAGUCUCCGGUCACAGGGUACCACGUCUACAUGUUCGAUGGCGUUGGUCUCAAUUCUCAGGCCGACCCAGAGCCUGUCAAGCAUGAGAUUCAGUUGGUGUCCCUCAGUGUAGAUGACCCUGUGCCAGCCAUCCAGGAUGUGACGAUAUCGGACGUGGCCGGUGGCACCUUCACGUUGAGGGUGAUGGCCGACGCUCUCGGAGGAGAGAUUGAUGUCGAGACGGCGGAAAUUGGCUACAGUGCCUCCGCCGCAGCUGUUGAGCUCGCCCUCGAAGCGGCGUCUAGCACGCUGGGUGACGUCGAAGUUGCGAGGACCAUUUCAGGCACAGGAACGACAAUAACCUACGAGAUAACCUUCGACGGAUACACUGGGGCUGUUGAGGAUCUCGUCCUUGACACCACCGAACUGGAGGCCGACUCUGGAGCAGUGGUUUCUGCGGAAGUGAUCACGCUGCAGGAGGGAACGGAACCGCUACGGGGGGACUUUUCGCUGAUCUAUCGGGGCCACGAGACGGCGGCUUUGAGCUAUGAUGCCGACGCCACCGAGGUCAAACGACAACUGGAGAACCUGGACACGGUUGGAAUCGUUUCGGUCGAGAGAAACACCACCCUCUCUGACGGAGCGUCCGAGUGGACGGUUACGUUCGAAACGGAACUUGGGGAUCUCCCGAUGCUGGAGAUCACUUCGGGAAGACUGACGGGUGGGGGGCGUGAGGCGACGGUGACCGAGACCCUGGCUGGUUCGGCAGCCACCCUAGUGUACGACGGCAGCGGCAAGUCCUCCGUCAAGGAGUUCACCGCCUCCGGUCUCGUGGAAGACUCGCUCUACGCCUUUAAGGUGGUGCCCCUCAGCGCAGUCGGACUCGGAAUUCCGAGCGCUGCGAGCCCUACGGUAGUAGCCCGGGAGGGAGCGGUGGCAGCGCAAACCGUUGCUAGCGGGCCCUCUCUAGCCCAGGGUAUGGCCGGUGUCGUCCACGAGCAGCAGACAGUCACGGCGACGGCAACGUCUGGGAAUUUCUCGCUCAGCGUCUCGGGAGGCGGCAUGGAAUCAGUCUUGAUCAACGCCGAUGUUACCAACGGCAAGAUCGCAUCCGAUGCCGAGAUCAAGGCGGCCCUCGAUGGCAUUGUCGGGGAGGUGAACGUUUCGAGCUUCAACGCUUCUCACAGCGGACAGCAGGCGUAUGCCUGGACUGUGACAUUCAUGUCCAUCUCCGGAGAUGUUGGAGAGCUCCUUGUCAAUGAGACAAACAUCCUCAGUGGGGAUGUUGCCGUAACGGAGAGGGUCAAGGGCCAAAGGAACGAGUUUGUCGUGUCUCCUCGCAAGGCGACUGGCGCGCCGGUCACGGACGUCACAGCCGCCUCUGCCUUCGCAGCAGAAGGUUCUACAUACUCAUUCGCAGGUGGCGACCUGUUUUUCACGGAGCUAUACAAGAUCGAAGAGGAUGGGUCCAUCGAGUGGGAGUCGGACGGAGGCGUGGCCAUGUACAAUCCCACCGCCUACGAGACGCAGCGUCUGUGGAUUCCUUCGGGGUCAUCGGGCAGCUUUUGCUUGGUGUUUGAGUGGGAGAAGGUCACCUAUACAACCGGCAAUGGCACUGGAUGCCCCGAACCAGAUGGUGGUGCCAUCGCGCUCAAGGAUGCUUUGGAAACGAUCGAUGUCAUUGGGGAGGUGGAUGUGGCAUACACUCGCGAGGAGGACAGCGAUGCCCAUGUCUACGAUGUCUGGUUCAAGACUCUCUUGGGCGACUUGCCCCUGCUGGAGUACGACGAGUUCACAACCGAUCCGCUAGUGCCGGGGCACAUCAACAUCACCGAAACCUCUGCGGGUGUUGCAGAAGUGCAGAAAGUGGUCAUUUCUUCCGACGCCGGGUUUGUGAGGGAGGUGCAGAGCCUGUCUUUGACCGCAGAUGACACUUCGGUUGAUGUGUCGGGUAGCUUCAACAUCACCCUAUCCGGGGCGAGCAACACCGUUCUGGUGCCUUUUGACGCCAACGCCACCGAGCUCGAGGCGCUCCUCGAGGAGCUGAGUAGCGUCUACGACGUUUCUGUUUCGGUCGUGGACAAGUCGAGCGGGAACUCGUCCGUUGACAGUUACAUAAACGCCACCCUCUGGACCGUCGUCUUCAACGAUCCCGUUGGCGACGUUCCCAGCCUCCUGGUGAAUGGGUCGAGCUUGGAUGGCAACUCUCCGCGAGUAGAUAUCGUGGAGGUGGUCAAGGGCGUCUCUCCUCUUGAGGGCACUGUAACGCUUGCUUACCGUGAGGGGUUUUCUCAAGACCUGGCUUUCGAUGCCUCCGAGGAAGAGAUCAAAGCAACCCUGGAAGCACUGGACACAAUCUCCACCGUCUCCGUCUCCAAGUACGACAUCGGUGCCGGCUUUGAGUGGUGGGUGACCUUCUCCGGAGAACUCGGAGACCUAGAACUCAUCUCCGCCUUCCCCUACUCCUGGGAAGUUCAAUCUCUCCGCACCUACGGGGGAGACCCCACCCCCCUCGGCGGUUCCUUUUCGGUGGAAUUCGGCGGUUACACGUCCGGAGAUCUCCCCUACGACGCCUCCGCGGACGGUUUGAAGGCAGCUCUAGAGGCAUUGCCCGGGCCCGGGAGGGUGGACGUCGACAAAAUCGUUUUGGAGAACGGCCGAAACGAGUGGCUGGUGACCUUUAGAGACCUGGUUGGCGAUGUCGAGCUUGUCGCGGUGGAUGGGUCGGACCUCACUGGCACUUCGGCUACGAUUACAACCACCGAGGUUGCCGCUGGGUCUAACAGCUCUCUGACCGGAGAAUCACCCGCCCUUGCGGUGGAAGAGAUGCAUUCCGGGAGGCCGAGUUACACCGCCAGCUACCAGCCUGUGGGCACAGGGCCGUACCAAGUGGCGGUGACGCACAUGCUGCCGGGUGGAUUGAGCGCGACGUAUUGGGACAACCAGUGGCUGUUUGGUGCUCCUGCCGUUCAGAGGGUGGACGCCCAGGUCAAAUUUAGCUGGGGAACUGGCGCUAUCACCCCGUACGGGAGAGACUACGUGUCUGCUAGGUGGAGUGGAAAGCUUCUGGCCCCUUCGAGUGAGACCUUUACUCUGUACGUCAAGGCCGACGAUGGCGCUAGGCUUUACGUGGACCAUGAACUCGUCAUCGAUGCUUGGGAAGGUGUUUUGCCAGGGGCCAUCGAGUACCGUGCAUCAGUAGACCUUGUCAACGGGACGUUCCACGACAUCGUGCUGGAAUACAGGGAGAAUGAUGGUGCCGCCAGCAUCCAGCUCAUGUGGAGCAGCUACAGCACUGCGCCGGCGGUCAUUCCCGCGUCCGCACUGUUCUACACGACGCCUAUCUCGGGCUCACCGUACAAUAUUUCCGUCGUACCUGGGGCGGCCGCCUAUCCCUUCACCGAGGCCUUCGGGGAAGGGGUAACGAACGCCUCCGCCGGGGUGUUUGCAUCUUUUGUCAUCCAAGCCAAGGACGCCUGGGGCAACAACGAAACCCGUGACGUGGCCGACGAAGAAGGGAGCGCUUUCCAAGUAGAACUUAGCUUCGGGUCACGUACACUAGGACCCAGCACCAUGGGAGCUCCGGAGUACAUCGGGGAUGGCGCCUACAGUGUCAGCUAUGUGGCCACAAAGGCCGGAAACUACAGCCUGUCCGUUAGGACAGCGGCUGGGGCGCACAUCUACUGCGGCCUUGCUCAGGAAGAGGCGUGCUCCCCUUUCGAGGUUGUCGUCUCACCCGGUCCGACCACCGCUUCCACUUGCGAAGCCGAGGGGGACGCCUCUCCUGCCAUGGACUCCCUCGCAGAAGGGGUUGCAGGGAUGACGGGAUACUUCAACAUUCAGGCGAAAGACACUUUCGGCAACAAUCGCCUUGAAGGGGGCGACGAGGUCUCCGUCCAUGCCGCGCUGUCGGAAUCGACGACAUCCUACAGGGGGACCGUCGUUGACAACGCUGAUGGGACCUACCUAGCAGUCUACACCGUUCCCCGGGCCGGGACGUACUCCAUGCGAGUUACCAUCGGAGGCGAGGCCGUCCAGCACUGCACCCCUCCCGUCAACAGCACCACCACCUCCGUGCUUAGUCGCGAAUACGAUGGUAUCUCGGUCUACUCGCCGCCAUCGGGAUGCUCUCCGGACUAUCCCACCCUCACCGUGGUUCACGGCGACCUGCACACCCCGAGCUGCACUGCGGAGGAGGUCGCCAAUAGCGGAGACGAGGGGCUUUCGAAGGCUGUCGUGGGUGUCCCAGCGAACUUCCAGGUUGUUUCCCGCGAUGCUUUCGGGAAUAUCAGAACUGGCGACUCUACGACGCACUUCGGGGGCUACGGGGACGGGAGCUCCGACGUCUUCAUGGCCAUCCUCUCCGGCGCGAACGGCUACCGUGUCACGACUUCUUCUGCUGUACAAAUCGUCACCGUCGCGAACGGAACCGCGGAAGGAUCUUUCCGGCUGUACUUUGCCGGGGAUGUAUCCCGAGAGGUACCCAACGGAGCAAGCGCCGCAGAGUUCCAAGCGGCGUUGAUGGGCAUCAAGCAAGACCAGGCCACCGCUAGUGGGGGAGAGGAGAUCGUGAGCGCGACGGUAUCGCUGGAUUCGGAUGCCGAUUCUGGGGCUGUGGCGUGGCGGGUGACCUUCCUUUCUCACCUGGACGAAUGGAUGUCUGAUCCGCUUCAAGUCAUGGCCGCCUCAGACGGCUCGACAUCGAUCAGCGACAUGAUCACCGUCAACAAGACGGCGUCGGGGGGAGUGUACCCAAUGGAAUACACCCUCCACUACCGCGGCACGUAUGUGAUGAACGUCACUGGGGCAGACGGCCAGCACAUUACUGGGUCGAGUUUCUUCGUAGACACCGAAACCAGCGACACCGAUGCAUCAUCCUCCACCGCGGAAGGCAUCGGGCUCUCGGGAGGGGUGGCGGGAGAGCCCCUGCGCUUCAUCGUCCAGGCCAAAGAUGAGAGGGAAAAAGAAGUCCAAGCCCUUGUCGCUUGGGCAGAGGUUGUGGAUGUCGUGCCAGAGGUGCAGAGCGUCGCUCUCCUAGGAGCUUCGGCCGAACCUGUCUACUUGUCCUUCCUGGAGCAGAACAUUACAGUAACGAUCGGCACAGACACUCCGGCGGACAUCCAGGCCUCCCUCGAGGCUCUCCUUACGAUCGGGACUGGGAACGUGGAGGUAUCCAGCGACGUCGGAUCAUCGACAGCUCUGGACAAUGGAGACACCUUCUCCGUCACCUUUACCGGCGUAUACGGGGAUGUUCCCCUCCUCACCCCGGUUCCGUCUUCGCGAGCGACGGUUACAUCGUCCACCGAGGGAGACGCCCCCUUCCGAAAGGAAACCCAAGCUUUUUCUUGCACACUUGGUGCAACGGGGGACCUCGUGUUGAACUGGCGAGGAUUGGGGAACGUCACGGUGGCGGCGGACGACGACCUCGACGCGUUCGAAAGUGCCGUUUCGUCGGGGCUGACGAGUGUAACCGUCGUCGGGAGUGACACGACGGCGGUCUGUUCGGGUGAAAUCGUGUACAUCACCUUCCAUGAGGCCCGCGGAGAUGUGCCUUCUUUGUCCUUCGCACCUGCGGACACCUUUACCGGAACCGUGACAAUUUCUACAGCUGGAUCGCUAGAAGGGAUUGCUCCCCUGUGGGGGACGUUUGAGCUGGGGUACGGAGGAGAAACGACGUCUCCUCUCUACGCAGAUGCCACUGCUGAUGACGUGAAAGCGGCCCUUGAAGAUCUCUCUACCGUAGGAGGCGUUAGUGUAACGUUGGGGCACAUUGGCCUCUCCCUCGGGUCGGACGGUACUGUCUUCCCGCCGGGAGGCGAUGACAGCGGCAACGACAACGUGACGUCUCUCUUCCCUGUCUGGACGGUCACCUUCGAUGGAGAUUGCUCGUUCGAGAAUGACGUGUGGACCUCCUGCCCAGCCAACAUCGGUGAUUUAGAGCCGCUUGUGGUGGACACGUCCGGACUGGGAUGGGAGGAAUCUCCUUACAAGCACCAAGCGCCUCCCGAGAUUCGCGUGUACGAGAUCACCAAUGGCACCGCUGGCAACAACCAGGUGGACGAGCGCGACUGGAAUGCUCUGGCUGUAUCCCUCUUCCUCGAAGACAAUAGCACCGACAUCGCGGCCAUCGGCAUGAACGAGAAACAGGGAUUCACCUGCCACACUGAGGCGGGGGGAUCAAACUCGUCUGCUUACGUCGUGCUCGAGUUCAUGGGGCAGAGUGCCACGAUCAAGGCUAACGCCACCAUUCCCGAUUUCGCCGACUACAUCGAGGAGAUGGCCCGCGACGCCGGCUUAGCCAACUCGGUGGUCAACAUCACGUCUCACGCGGGACAAGCGAUGAUAUGCGGAAUCCAUGGAGACGAGGUGGUUAUUGAGUUUGCCGCCAACUACACGCUACCGGAGAUUGUAGUCACAGGCUACAACGGGGUUGCCGAUAUCAACGUGCGCGAGAUCACCAAGGGUAUCGACUCCAUUGCCUACCUUGGAGGGGGCAGUUACCUGGUUGAGUACACUCCUGUUGUCGCUGGAAAGUACUACCCAGUUGUCACCAUCGCCGACGAAGAAAUCUCGACCGACAUGUCCGGAGGGGUUACCGUUACACCGGCCAACGCGUCGGCGGUGACGUCCACCCUUGCCUCCGAUCGGGUGGCUUUCCAAGGCGUGCCCCACUACCACAGCCUGGAGAUCCGAGACCGGUUCGGAAACCUUCUCGACGGUCACCCAACUGGUGGAGGCUUUACCGCCACCAUCACCGGAACCCCUGACGCUCGCGCUGGCGUGACACAAGAGCACGCUUCUGAUGUUACCAUCGCGGCGACGGUUUCAGAAGAGACAGAUGCAAGCGGGAAGCUUUCGGCCAAUUUCACCCCCGAUAUCGCGGGGACGUACGUGAUGAGCAACGAGUUUACUGGGCCGGGGGGGCUCCUGGGCACGUUUUUCCGGACCAAAGAUUUCAUGGAUCCUGUUCUUGAAAACUCGGCCUACGCGACUGAGGAGCCGUACCACGAGCUUCCUUUCUGCCCUUCUACAAUGGUGGAAGGGUGUGAUUCUACAGAGCUGGUGUCCAGCUUGACCCUGGACUGGGGGACCGCUAGUCCUCUGCAGGCCUGGCCUGGCCUAGGCUUCCCUGCAGACUACUUCAGCGUGAAGCUCGAGGGCUUCAUCAUGGGUCCCACCGACGGAACGGUUUCCUUCCAGGCCACGGCGGACGACUUGUUCCGGUUCACAGUGGACGGGGUCGUCGUGAUGGACACCGUCACGGCUGGGGGGGAUGCCUCUACGUCCAUCCUUACGGCAGAGGUCGACAUGACGAAGGGCGCUUUGCACGCAGUGACAAUCGAGCUGGUGGAGGAGCUAGACGAGGCAUCGAUGAGCCUCCUCUGGUCCUACGACGGCGCCGCGGAAAACUCCCCGAUGGAAAUCCCCUCGUCGGCCCUGUACUUCACGAGACACCUCGAGGGCUCUCCUGUCACCAUCUCCGUAUUUCCCGGGGAGGUGACCGCAGGCACUACUUCGUUCGAUGGAGACGGCUUGGUCGGCUGCGUUGCCAUGGAGGAGUGCUCCUUUACGGUAACCGGGCGCGACGGCGGCAACAACAUUCGGUUCACGGCCGGGUCAGACGAGUGGGACGUGGCGGUGGAUGGGGUGGGCGGCUGGGCCGCCGAGGGUAGGGUAGGAGAGUUUGUCCACUCGGAGGACGCGCCUCUGUCUGCGGGCGCCGUGGCAUGGUCGCCCGAGGACUGGACCUACGCAGGGAACGUGACGUGCGUGGCCGAAGAAUCGUCCUGCACAUCGCAGCGAGAUUUGAGCGACCUCAUACAGAGGGGUGACGCGAUAGUCAUCGCCGGGGAGACGCACGUGGUGGACCCAGACGUCACCGAGGCGUUUGACUCUACCUCGCUUCCGCUGGCUUCCCCCUUCCUGGGAGAGUCGGGCCUUUACGAAGUCUUUAAGGUCGGUGACAACACGGGUAACUACACAGUUACCUACACCCCGCUCGUUAGAGGUGACUACUCCGUGACGGUCAAGAAACCCGCCAUUUGGGAAACGCAGCUGGUGCAGACAGUGGUAGAGGAAACGGGUGAUGACCUGGCUGGCACGUUUACGUUGGCAUACGAAGGCGAGAUCACCGUCCCCAUCGCCUACGACGCCAUCGGGAGUGACGUGGCGUCCGCCCUGGGCAACCUGUCCGCCCUAGCCGACGCCAACGUGACCGCCGAGACGUCAAACUGCUCCACGCCUGAGGCCGACGUGGAAGUGCUCGAGGGAAACGCUGCGAGCGUGGCCAUCGCGGAGGAGAUCAAGGGGCAAGCUGCCCUGGACAUCGGUGGCUCACCCGUGACAAUGUCUGUCGUUCCGAACGAUGCUAGUGCCGGUCAAACGACCGCGUGGGGCCGGGGACUCUACGAGGCGACCGCAGGAGAAACAGCCACCCUCACGGUGCAGGCGCGGGAUGCGUACCAGAACAACAGGCUCGACAGCCAGAACGAUUCCGUGUUCCUUGCGCUGGCCUUCGCGCCGGACGCUGAUCCCGCCGACGUUCCUCCGGUGCACGGCACCGUCAUCCCGCUAGGCGACGGAACCUACAACGUAUCCUACACUCCGACGUUUGCCGAUACAUACGUCCUGGCGGUCCUCAUGUCUACCGCCGUAGAAACGCAGCAGUUUUCGUUCGUGUUCGAUUCGGACGCAGAAGCGUCUGGGCGUUUCACCCUGAGGACGGGGGACGGAGCCCAGCAGACAGAAGCACUUUCGUACGAUGCAACCGCUGACAUGGUGGCGUCGGCCCUGUCUGCUGUGACCGGCAUCGGACCGGUACAAGUUACACGAGAGGUUACAUCGGUGACGUCAGGAGCGGCCAGCUGGUCGUACACGGUGGCUUUCAUGUCUGUUGUGGGAGACGUCGAACAGCUCACCGUUGGCUCUGAGGACCUAGUAGGCCUAUCGGAGCCCCCUUCUGUCACCACCGUCACGGAGGGAGAGGCUGAGCACAUUAAGACGGCAGAGGCCUCCCUUCUCCCCGAGAUCCAGGUGGUGCGGGGGCACACCACUGCCGCCCUUGCCGUCAACUCGUCCGCCGAAGAGCUGGAAACUGCGCUCGAGGAGCUGACCACCGUCGGUGGCGUCAGUGUCUCAAGACAGGACGUGGCGGGAGCGUCUCUGUACGGCUUCGAGUACGCGGUCGAGUUCGAGCCUUGGGGAGCUCACGACCUCGAGCACUACCUCAACUACGGGGACAUGCCUGCCAUGGUGAUCCAGCCCUCGUUCAGGAUGGCACUGCACAACGUCACGGCGAGAGUGUACUCCGGCGGAACCCCUAGCGCCGACGCCGCUAUCACUCAAGACGGCGCCUCUCCCUUCGUUCCGGUAGUGUCUCCGGGCGUCGUGUCGUGGGAGGCGUCUACUCCUGUAGACGAGGACGGCGUGGUGGACAAGGACGGGUUGAGCUCGGCCUACUACGAGGCGCCCACGUCGUUCCAGAUCGAGAGCCGCGACAGCUUCGGCAACCGCGUGUUCGACGGCCCCGUGAAGGAGGUCCAGAUUAUCGAGGUUUCCACCACCUUGGGCGGCGUGUUGGCCGGGUCUUUUGAGGUGUCCUACCAAGGCCACAGCGUCGGACUAGACGCCGGCGCAAGCCUGGCUGAAGUGGAAGCCGCGAUCGAGGGACUGUCAAGUGUGGGUGCAGUGACUGUGUCAACCGCGUCCGUUGUCAACUCAACAGCUUUCGGCGCCAGAACUGGGAGUGUUAUCGCUGGCUCCCCGUACGUGACGCCAUCUGCCGACGUGUCUUCGAUACUAUCGGAAGGGGACUGGCUCCGGUUGUGCGACGUCAACGACGGGCUCGUGUACGCCGUGAGGAGCGUCGAUGCAUCGUACCCCUACACCAUCACCCUCGACUCCCCUUACGGUGGCGACACGGAAUCGAACUGCGAGAUGUUCCGACGAGGCAUGGCCGGCAGCGGCGCGAGCAGCUACCAGUACGUCGUCACCUUCGACUCCAACGUCGGAGACCUCCCGGCCCUGACCGUCGACGGCACCGGGCUGACGGACGCGUCUUUCGGCAACGAGACAAAGGCGGAGGUGAUUUCUUGCAACUGGCACCGCAGGCAGACGGUGUCGAUCAGCGCCGACACGGACGUCAGCGGGUACUUCGUCGUGGAGUACAUGGGCUUCCGUUCCGACCAGAUUUCGCACGCCGCGAGUGCCGCGGACCUCCUGCAGGCGCUGACCGCUCUGGAGCCAAUUUACACAGCGGGAGUGGAGCUGGCCGAAGAGUCGCUGGUCGGGGGCCUACGCGCAUGGCACGUUACUCUCGUGAGCGCCCAAGGCUACGAGCCGAUCUUCGCGGACGGAUACCUUCUGAACGGCACCAACACGGCCGUUUCCGUCUACGACCAGUGUCCCUCGAGCGGUUUGGCCAACUGCACGGACAGUGGCGUCUCUGCUUCCGUCGUGGGCUGUGUCGUGACAUCGGCGGCUGGCAGGGUGGGCUCGAGCUACACCGCUAGCCUCUCUGGGCCAGAGGUCGUGGGCGGCACGGUGGAACACACGAGUGAUGGCCUCUUUUCGGCGGAGUACAUUGGCCCUGUGGCCGGCGAGUACGAGCUGGAGGUAUCCGAGGCGAAGGGCUUCGGCCUUCUUGGCGAGUACUUCAACAACCGGUGGACGUUCGGAGACCCAGUGGUCACACGUGUCGACGCCAAGGUGGACUUCUCCUGGUCGGACACGGAAACAAUUACGCCAACCGGGCAGGACUACAUCUCGGCCCGGUGGACCGGGUUCGUGCAGCCCGCGUUUUCCGAGCGCUACGUGUUCACCGUGGAAGCCAACGACGGGGCGCGCCUGUGGGUUGGCGAUAGGCUGAUGUUCGACAACUUCGAUGAGGACCUCGGACGGAAUGAUACCGGCCUCAUGUCCACCUUCACCGCCACCACUGAAGACGAGCUUGUCGCCGGACGGCUCUACACCGUCACGCUCGAGUUCCGUGAGAACUACGGCUCGGCAGAGGCGCAUCUGCUGUGGAGUUCGGGUAGCCAACCUUCAGAAGUAAUACCUUCCAACAGGCUGUUCUACGCAUCUGACCCGGUGGGGGACUCUCCCUAUUCAGUCACCGUCUACCCCCACAAGCCAUCUCAGCCGCUGGAGGCGUUCGUGGCCGUGGAGGCCUGGGACCAAGUAAAGGUUAGCUUCAUGCCACCGGAGAACGACGGUGGCGAGGCAGUGGAGGGCUACAUGGUGGAGUGGUGGUCGGCAUCGACGGCUUCAGACGAUGGCGGCUACGGGAGCCCGGAGAUCCAGACCCUGAAGAUUGGGGGGGACGUCGACGGUGGCAACGUGUACGUGACAUCCCCGGGAGGGUAUAAUUUCCCGAGGGCCCUUGGUUGGGACAUGUCUGCCGAGGACCUAGAGCUGGCCUUAGAAUGGACAUUCGACAUAGGAGAAGUGACCGUUUCGUACGCAGAGGACUCCAACAGCACGCGCAGCUACCGCGUCACCUUUGAGUCGGAGCUGGGUGAUCUCGGUGCUAUGGGCCUCGACUCCACCGACUUGACGUCCUCAACUGGGUUCGUACACUCGAUCGUCUGCCACGAUAGCUCGACCGCCGUUGCCCCGGGAACAGGCGGAGCUUCUGUCGGAUGCCUCGGAGCCGCCGAUUCCCAGGCCGGCAAUGCCACGGCGUCUUCGUCAACCGAUGUUGAGAUGAACGUGGUGGCUGGCGUGGAUCCUUUCGUCUACGUCAUUGAGGAUCUUGAUCAGGCUUCGUCCGAACCGGCUGGUUUCGACGUGAGGGUGUCCGCUCUAAACAGCGCCGGAUACGGUCGCCCGUCCGCGGCACUAAACAUCAAGCCUGCGGACGUCCCCUUGGCACCUUCUAUGGCCGAGGUGUUCCUGCUCGCUGAUAACCCUUCGGGCCUACGAGUCUACUGGGCUGACGUCACUGAAGACAGGGGCUCGGAGGUAAUCUCUUUCGCAGUUGACUACUCGACCGACGAGGACUUUGCUGUAGACAGCACGGUGCGGAUUGAGGGCAAGACGACCUUCUUCCUCAGUGACAGGCGAUUGGACAACGGCACUACACACGGAGUAUACGAAACAGACGUCACUGGCCUGCAGAGCGGUAUCCCAUAUUUCUUCCGGGUGUCCGCAUCCAACGCAAUCGGGGAGGGAGAGGCCAUGGUCACAACGCCGGCUUACCUGGUCCCGAUGACGGCCCCCGACAUGCUUGAGUACGGCACGGGCGUAACGUUGUCGACCCUUCCCGCUGGCGACGCCGUGUCGGUGACGGAUUCGUCGACCUCGCUGCACGUGUCCUUCUCGCCUCCCCCGAAUGACAACGGAGAUGCCGUGGACGAAUACUUGGUGGAGUGGUGGAUGGCUUCAGAGCCCGUCCGAAGCGAAGUGCAAGUGCUGCGACUGGCUUCGACGGCUGUGUCCGUUGCGAACGACACAUUGACCGGAAACUUCCGGCUGUCGUGGGGGGAUGGUGGAGAGGAAACAGACUACCUACCUGCCGAUGUUGGGGAAGUGGAGCUAGAAGCGGCCUUGGAAGGCCUACAGGACGUUCGAGACGUUCAGGUUUCCCGCGAAGCAAACACGGCUUCUGGGUACGACUGGUCCGUGACGUUCCUGACCGACGUAGAGCCGUCCGCAACUUCGAGCCGGCUGGUAGUAUCCUACAACGGCUUGGCCGGUGCUCUCGGCGCCUACAUUACGGCAGAGGUUGGGUACGACCUCAUUGCCGGACUGCCGGGCCACUCCGGGGUAGUGACGGUGACCGCCUUGGGGGGGGAGCGCAACAUCUCUGUGCUUUCCUUGCAGAGCGGCAUGUUGAAGGCAGGGCUAUUCAUCGAGCUCGAAGGAGAAGCGUACGAGAUCGAGGCGGUGGAUGCGUCAAACGAAACAAUCUCGCUGGUCGAGGCGUACGGUGGAUCGAACGGAAACCUAACGGUCAACUACGGUACCUCCGUCAGAGGCAGGAGCCCCUCCACCCUCCUCUCUGCAACCAUCCCCGCAACGUUAUCAUCGUCCGUGGCAUCACCAAUUAGUGAUGGCAACGGAGGCAUAGCCACCAACUCCAACUCUUCUUCCCUGUGGUACACCAUCACCGAGCUAGAGACCGGAGAGCCGUACUUCGUCAGGGUGUCCGCGAAAAACGCCAGAGGUCUCGGCCUACCCAGGGGUUCGAACCCGGCGUACCUGGCUCCACCGAAGCAGGUCCCCGCGAAUCCCGAAGGGGUGUACAUUUUCCCGGCUACUUCGAACUCCCUCAGGGUACUUUGGAACGCUCCGCCCGCGGACGGCGGGUCCUCCAUCACCAAGUACAAGAUCGAGUGGGACCCCGAGGAGACGUUCGGCUCGGGAGGUGAUGGUGGUCCGCUAGGAUCGCACCAGAAGGUCGUGACCAACUCCUCCCAGUGCAGCUCCUCUCCCUGCGAGUACACGGUCCCCAGCCUGGCUAAGGGUUUACUGUACCACGUCCGAGUGUUUGCGUACAACCAGGAGGGUUUCUCGGUGUCCGGUGCGCUGUCGAGCCCGUUCAACGAAGCGCCGUGUACCCAAGCAUCGCCACCCCCGGCUGUCGACGUUCUCCCCGCCUCAUCCACGUCUCUCCUGGUUGCGUUCGAGCCCUCCCUUGACGACGGAGGAAAGCCUAUCACCAACUACAAGGUGGAAUGGGAUGUCAUCGGGCUCGAAGGAUACCGCCAUGGUGGCAGCCCCUCCGACUCCCUGCUUUACUCCAGCGUUGACGUCCAGGCGGUGGAAGCGUCUGCGUCUAAGAACGACCUCGGAGGGCACUUCUCCCUAGCAUACAGGGGACUCGUGACAGACACAGUUUCUAUCGACUCUUCAGCCGAGGAGGUGGAGGAGGCUCUCAAGGCCCUGCCCACGGUUCCAGGAGGUCUCCGAGUCACUAGGGAGGCGUUGCCCGGAGACGUUGGCAGAUACGGCCGGCGCUGGCUCGUCAGCAUCCCCGCAGAUGCCUGCCUGGAGGAAAGGGCCGGGUUGUGUCCUCGGGUGUUGGUAUCCGCUGACGACACACUCUUCGUUUCCGAGUUUAUGAUGACCACCAACGCAACGAGCGAUGGCGAGGGUUUCAGCGAAGAGUUAUCUUCGGAGGGGCCGUCGUUGAGCGGGACGGAUGCGGUAGUCACCUCUUCUAGGUGGAUCGAGGGAUGGAGGGGCUGCGAGCAGCAGGUGGUAUCUGUGGCGGCGACGAACGGUUCGUUAUCCGGAACGUUCCGUCUGCUGUACGGGGAUCAAGCCACUGUGCCUCUCGAUGCCAACGCCUCCGCCGAAGCGGUUGAGUUGGGCGCUCUGAGCACCCUAUCAACGGACGUUUCAAAUGUCAUCCGGGACGACUUCGAUGCAUCCAUCGAGGCGGGGGUGACCCACCUGGUUACGGGUUGGCUGCCGCUCAUGGACUCGAGCUUGAAGGGCUCGGCCGUCUUCAACGCUUCGGCCAACUCGUCCCAUGAACAGUAUGAGGUGACGGGGCUCGCAAAGGGAGCGGCCUACCACGUUCGAGUGAGCGCGUACAACGGUGUGGCGCUGUCGUACGGGAAGACCGAGCCCUCGACCCUCCCGGUUGUGCACCCCGGCGGGCCCCCUGAGCCACCGUCUCGGAUAGAGGUGGACGCGUUUUCGCCAUCCUCUCUGGUCAUCUCUUGGUCCCCCCCAAACGAUGCCAUGGGGGGCGAUGUUACCGCGUACCAAGUGGAGUGGGACAGCGCACCGGGAAUCAGCGAGCAGCAGUUUAUCCGAAUUUCCAACGCGGUUUCCGGAACGUUCCGGCUGUCCCUGGAUGGGGCGACGACCGUCUCCAUUCCACACAACGCACUGGCCUCCCGGGUAGCGUCCGCCCUGGCCUCUCUUCCCAAUGUGGCUGCACCGGUGGAGGUGACCAAGGAGAGCUCGGCAGCAGCAUCUGCUACGGCUACGGCUGCGGACCCUACGGUUUCCUCUUGGAGGGUGGCGUUCGUUUCCAACAUCGGUGACCUUCCUCUUAUGGCCGUGCAGGCUUCCUCGCUUCGAGGCGUGAGCGUUACAGCCACGGUUGAGGAGACUGUCAAAGGAGUGCUGCCGCCGUUCGACCAGGGGACCGUUGGGAUCAACGUCAUGCCGCUUGGCACCGCAGAGGUGACCUCCACAAGCGAGGUGCAGGUGAUCACAGCGGCGGCAACCGCCUCCGACUUGGAUGGGUACUUCUUUGUCGGGUUCGAGGGCCACUGGUCCGAGCGGGUCGCUUACGAUGCCACCGCUGACGAGAUGGCCUCCGCUCUGGCCGGCAUCCCCGCUGUAGGACAAGUCCAGGUUUCUGUCGAAACCGCGACCUCCGAGGACCCCAGCUACCCCUACACCGCGGGGCCAAGCGCACAAGGGCUCUCAUGGCACAUCACCUUCCCCCCAGCUGCCGGCGACGCCUCGUCGCUCGUCGUCAGCACGGGGAACGGUCCCGAGUCGGUUCCCGGAUCGGUCCUCGCCUCGGCAGGAACCUUGAGCGGCACGGAUCCGUGUGCAUCUGUCGCGGAGUCCCGCAAGGGAGGCCUCCUGACAAGCAUGGUCACCCCCGAAGGAGCGGGGUUGGAGGUCGGGACUGGCUACUCCGUGAGGGUGAAGGCCUACAACGGCAUCGGGUGGAGUGAGGUUCGCACGGCACCCUUCGUGGCGAUGACGGCCGCACGCGCGCCUUCACCACCCCGGUCGGUGGGAGUAUCCGUUCUAUCGGAGUCCCAGUUGGCGCUGUCCUGGAUGGAGCCAGAGAGCAACGGCGGCUCCAAUGUCACUAGGUACACCGUGCAGUGGAGUUCCGACGAGAGCUUUGGCUCUGGAAGCAGAGAGGCCAAGAUCUCCGCUCCGUACGACUACGGCCAAGACCCGAACACGUGGAUGACCUACACCAUCGAAGGCGUCUCUGAGUCGGAGACGACGUACGUCCGGGUGAUAGCUUCCAACGCCGUAGGAUUCUCGGAGCCGGCCGCCGCGGUACCUCAAGGCUGGUCUCAGCGCGAGGUGCAGCGGAUUAUUUUGAUGGGCAGCCAAGGGGGGUCCUGCGUGUCCGAUCUGCUACCCUCCCAAGGAGGCAGCGGAUCCUUCAACCUGACUCUACUCGACCCCUUCACGGGAAGGGCGGAUACCACGGAACCCCUGGACUUCGACGCUUCAGCGAAUGAGGCAAGCAAUAUCUCUACUUUCCAGCUGGUGGCAGGGAAGGAAGAGCCAGCAUCGGACUUCGCCGUCAUCCCUGAACUCAGGCCGCCCUCUCCUCCGUCCCAGUUGAACGUAUCGGUGGUAUCGACCAGCUCCCUGGGCGUCUUCUGGUCAGCUCCGCAGUACGACGGAGGAUCGGGAGUGAGCAAGUAUUUGGUUCAGUGGGACAAGGAACGGAACUUUGGUAGAUCCCAGGCCGGAGGAGCAGUUUCGCACGCUGAUGCCGCCGAGUGGAGUGCUGUCGUGACCGACACACACUACCAGAUUGAAGGUCUUGAGAACGGCACCGAGUAUUACGUGCGCGUAGCCGGCUACAACGGGCCCGGCGGGGAGAACUCAACGAGCGAGUCCGAAGAGGCGUUCACAACGUACGGGGCUCCUGCGGACGCGUCCCCGUUCCCCAUCACAACCAUCGAGCAGGUCCCGUACAAGCCCAACAACGUUACCGUACGAGUCUCUACAGCGUCGUUCGUAUCCCCGGAUUCGCCCGGGCAAGUGCCAGAUCGCUUGGAUGUGAGCUGGAGCCGCCCAUCCGUGGACGCAGCCACCCAACUCUUCGAGACGAGCGAUGGAGGUUCCACGAUAACGCACUACCGAGUGAAGUGGGACGUUAGAGCGGAUUUCACUUCGGCGUCCAGCAGCAGCAGCAGCGCCUCCGAAAAAAACAUGUCCACCGCGGGCUCCUAUGACAUCCGCGCCAUCCGGAACAACGGUUCCAGCCUCCGCUGCCAGUCCGACAACUGCACGUUUGCCCUGGGCGCAGAGGUGCAGACCCUGGAUGUGUAUUCCGGGGACACGAACGAGCUAGCCGGUGGGGAGUACCGCCUGAGCUACACGACCGGCCUUGUGGAAGACAACACCAACGUCACAUUGGUCUCGGACUGCAUUCCGUUCAACGCAUCGUACGACGACUUGGGCACGGCCGUAGAGAGCGUCACAGGGAGCGCUGUCCUCGUCGCCAGGGAGAGGAUCACCGACCCUGGCUACGGCUACCGGUACUGGGUUACCUUUAUCGGGGCCGGGGUGAUCGGGGACGUACCGUCGUUGGAAGUCACGGACUUCUCCGGAGAUAGCACCGCUAAUUGCUCGGCUUGGUCGGUGGUUACAGGCUCGUCCGGUGGGGUUGACGUUACCGCUGCAACUACGCAGCAGCACCUCUCUGUGGCAACACAGAUUGACGGAGGGUUCCUGUCCGCCGGCACGGGGUACUUCACGCGGGUAUCGGCGAUCAACUCCAUCGGUGUCGGCGAGGCGCAGGAAAGCGAAUCGCAAGACGAUUGCGGAGGGGUCGAAGGCGCUUGUGCACCGAGAGCACCCCCACCUCCUCCAGUCGACGCCAAGGUCUACGCAGAUCCCGAGGAAUCGCUGUCUCUGCUGAUUGGGUGGGACUCUCCUAUCGGAAGCAACGGUGCGGAUGUCGUUUCUUACGUGUUGGAGCUCGCCCCUUCGGUUCUAGGGGGAUCUUGGACCGAGCCGUACUUCAACGUAACCGUGAUGGCUGAAGAUGCUGCGGAGAUGGCAACAACGUCGGCCGUCGGAGGUAGCGGCUACGCGGCAGAGAUCGAUUUGUCCGAAGAAAACGUAACCUGCGGCGAGCCGUGGCUUGCUCGAGUUCGAGCUGUGAAUGAGAUGGGCCAGGGGCCACCGGACUGGUACCCGUCUGUGGGCCUUUCGGGCGUUGUAUACGCUGUCCCGACCUGUCCAGCCGGCAUCGAGGACUGCCUCGAGAGCAGCAACGACACCAUCGUGCCCCGGAGAGUCCCCCGCUCCCCCAGCAUGGACGUGCCGCUAUCCAUCGGUGCGACAAGCUCCCCCAACUCCUUCACCUCGACCUCGCUCAUUGUGACCUUCGCCCCCGACCCCGCGGACGUCAACUCCACCACCUCGUGCGACGAAACCGCCGUCACCAAGUUCAAGGUCGAGUGGGACACGACUCCCAGCUUCAACAGCAUGGGAAACAAGCCGCUCUCUUAUGACGCCGACGCGGGAACCAGCCCCGAAGUCGUCGACAUCGACGCUCGUGACGGAAGCGCGCGGUACAACAUCACCGGGUUGGUCCAGGGCACCAAGUACUACAUCCGCGUUUCGGCGCUGAACACCCUUGGGUACGGCGCGGCCGCGGACUACCAGGACGCCGUUCCUAUAACCUCGGCCGACGCGCCCGGCUUCCCGACCACCGUUGCCCAGCUAGUUGAGGACGAGACUGACCCAGCGUUCCGCGGAAGGUCUCUGCGGGUGUCGUGGGCAGCACCGGCAGCAGACGACGAGUACGGAGACUACUUCGGGGACGGAGGGGAUCACAUCUCCGCCUACUUGGUGGAAUGGUCUUCCGCGUCCUUCGAAGCUUACGAGCCGACCACGUCCGAGGUCUUCGUGUCGUGCGACGGCGGCGGGACCGCCAAUGGCACUUUCCGGCUAAUGCUCAACACCUCCGAGACCGAGCUGGCUGCCGUGAAGGGUCUGUACCUGUCCACGGAUAUCGACGCCAGCGCCUCCGCGUGGGAAGUGCUGACCAGCUUGGAGAACAUGCCCAACAUCGGAACGGUUUCGGUCGAAGAGACAACGGCCAACAUAACCUUCAGCGCUGGAAGCAGCGCCAACACUUCGGUGUGGGAGGUCACCUUCACCUCCGCAGUGGGGGCCUUCCCUUCCUUCGAGGUUCACGACAAGAGCGACCUCUCGUGCUCGAACGGCGGAAACGCCUCCGUGAAUAUCGUCCACACCCCGGGAAGCGUGCCCAACAGUACGGCGUACGACACCUACGUACGAGAGGUCGAUGACUCCGACGACGGAACGUUCGAGUACGUCAUCACUGAUCUUACACCUGGAAACGUGUACUUCGCCCGAGUUUCGGCUUUCAACACCCUCGGAUAUGGCGCAAGGCGGCCUGCUGAUCCCAUGGAAACGGGUGCCACUGCGGAAGGGGGGAUGCAGGUCCCUUACCAGGCACCAGACCCUCCGGUAUCGUAUUACCAUGGAGAGGGUACCCCUUCCCUCGCUCUCAAGGGCCCGAGCAGCCUUGCUGUUACCUACGGUGCCCCUCAGUACGACGGAGGCGAUCGCAUCACUGUCUUCCAGGUACAAUGGGAUCGAAGCCCUGAUUUCACAUCCGGGGCAAACGGGCAGGCGGACGGGCAUGCCUUCGUGGAUGCCACUCAGACGCUGUGCUCCACGUGCGUCCAAAGCUUCUCCCUGGGUAACCUGACACUUAGGAUCGACGGAAGCACUGAUUUCUUCGGCCGACUGAACGCUGGCAACAGAAUCCUGGUUGACGAGAUGUACGUCUUCACGGUGGCCGACUCUUCUCGCGUCGACAGCUUCGAGAUCGUUGUCGAAGAUGAGGGGCACAACGCCCUGGAAGACCUCGACGGACCCAUGAAGCUUGAAAUCUACGGCGGCGAGUACGAGAUCGUAGACGUAGAGACUGGGAGCCAGUACUUCGUCAGGAUGUUCGCAAGGAACCAGAUGGUGGGAUGGGGAGAGGCCUCUCCGACGACACCGAGGUCGAUGGUGCCGCGAGCGGCACCGGGGGCACCGGGAAUGGUGGAUGCAUCUGCGGCUGGGCCGAACGAUCUAAUGGUUACCUGGUCGGGUGUACCCUCCUCAAUUAGCGGCAGCACGGUGUCGUCCUAUCGCAUCGAGGUGUUCACAGCGUCCCCCACGGUCAGCGAAAGCGGCUCCCAGUUCGGACAGGCCGAAGUGCAGACGAUCACCACGGAGGGCGGUGCCGACGGCACUUUCACCCUCUCCUUUGGCGAGCUCGACUACCCGUUGCCGGGCACAGUGGACGUGGUAAACGGGGAGGACUUCGUGGUGACAUCGGAAGACCUCACGCCCUACGUCAAGCGCGGGGACCGGGUGGCCUUUGCCGGGGGAUGGGAAUACGCCGUGCACGCCUUCCGGCCAUUCAACGCUACCCAUCUCUACCUCGCAAAGGUUACUACUUCUGGUGUCCCUGUGCGAGCCGGCCUGUUCGAUCUAGAUGCCGGCUUUGAGGGGACAACGGCGGCGGGGGCAACUAUGUUCCACGCGGCGACCACGCCCGAGAUCGCUCAUGGUGCCUCGGCGGCGGACGUCGAAGAAAUCCUGGAGACGCUACCUUCGCUAGGACAGGUAACGGUGUCACGCACUACCAACGCGUUGGAGUCGAACGGAUACGUGUGGAGCGUUACCUUCGACACUCCGACCGUGGUAGGCGGCGUCACGAACGCAGGGGACCAGCCACCGUUCUAUGCCAACGGUCGCAUGCUCGGAAACACCACAACGGCCACGUCUUUCCGCCUUGAGGUGGGAGAGCACAUGGUGGGAAUCGAGCCCUUGAACUACGAGGUAUUCGAAGUGGACGCGAUGGGCAUUCUGUCAGCAGACGAAGCUGGUGGUAGCACCAGCGGCACCUCGUCCUCAGCCUCUUCCGGCAACUUUAGCGAGUCUUCGCUAUCCAACAACGGCAGCGGCGAAGCUUCCCCCGCCACCUGGAGCAAACUUGUGUCCAACCUCGAGACCGGCAAGGAUUUCUACAUCCGAGUUUCCGCCCAAAGCGACGGCGUCGGGUACGGGGACUCCGCCGAGGCCAGCAGCAACCCCGUCGCCCCCAGGGGCGUCCCAGGCCAAGUCGGAACGGUGGCGAUUUCCCGCCUAGAUGCGAGCACGGUGCAGCUUGAGGUCGAGCAGAACACGCAGGCCAACGGCGCGGCCGUCGAAGGCUACAGCGUGCAGUGGGACACGAACCCGCAGUUCACCGGCGCCCGGCAGAUGGACCUUGCCUCGGACUACCGCAUCCAGGCCGUGCGCCUGAACGCGUGGCAGCGGGGGUGGACCUCAACCUCGGCGUUUUCUCUGUCACUCUUCGACUUCGGAGGCGCGUUUACCGCACGGCUUGGUGGCGACGACGACGACGACGACGACCCUCCUACGUUCGUUUCCAUCGCCGAGGGGACCAACAUUCUCAACCGCACGACUCCGAACGUCACGGCAGGAUUCGGCGGGGCCCCGCUGUACAAGCAGGUAUCCCGGGGAGGGUUCGUCAAGGUGGGCGGGCAGGAGUUCCGCGUGUGUCUCGGCGGUUCCACGCCGUACGAUGCGGAUACCCUGACGCUGUGCUCCACGAGCGACCCGUACGCCCCCGAGACCUUCGUCGGCGCGGCCACCAAGUACGACAACACGCUAACCCAGGUGCCCGCCUACGCGCUGGACACAGCCAUAGGCUCCGCCUUCAGGCUGGCCGUUGGCGACACCGCGCUGCGGACGUACGACGGGCCCGACACCAACAUCAGCGUGAACGACCUGACCUCGACCCUGGCUCGCGGAGACCACCUGCGACUGGGCCACCCCGAGACCGGUCGUGUCUUCACGGUCUGCAAGGGGGACGGCACCAGCUCCGACCUUGACUUCAACGCCACGUCUCUUCCCCUGUGCGACGCCGACGACCCUGGGGAGCAAGUGUCGGUGAUGGAGGGGGACAUCGUAUCCGCGACGUACGAGAUCCAGAGGUUCGGCCUCUGGCUGAACACCAGCUCGGCAGACUCAGCCGCAUUGAAUGCAACCGAAGUAUUGGGCUACAGGGUCGUCUUCGGGGAUGAGACCUCGGCGAAGUCGAAGGCGGGGGGUCACGCCGGCUGCCUCUCCUUCUACUCGUCGGCUGCUGAGGUCGAAGCAGAGAUCGAGGCCUUUGGUGGAGUGGAUAAUGUCCACGUGGAGCGUUCCGCAAACUACACGCUCCAGGACUACAACCUCCACCAGUACACGGUGACCUUCCUCGGACCGGCGGUGGCUGGGAACGUGCCCCAGCUCCGCGUCGUAGAUUUGGGCGAAAACGGGUGCAGUGCAGUCACCAACACCACGGCUGGUCAAGAGGUCGAAGAGACCUUGGUGGAAUCUUUUGUUCCUCUGUACAAGGUGCAGAACACGGCCGAUCUCGCGUACGACGCUACCGCGGCGGACGUCAAGGCCGCCAUCGAAACCCUGACGGGCGUCUGCACGGUCGACGUUGCUCGCAGCGUCAUGGGUAACGGGUACGAGUGGCUCGUUACGUUCUUUGGAGCGACACGCGAAGGAGACAACAACCUGCUGCGAGCGAUGCGGCCCAACGCGCUCCUCCUCGACAACGUCGCAGACUAUGUCGAGCCCGAGGCGGUCAUUGUACCCAUCCUUCGGGUAGAGCUCUCCACGCCCAAAUCUGGCGUCCCAUACUACGUCCGAGCGGCCGCCACCAACGCUGUAGGCACCGGCGGGUUCCGCACGUCCACGCCGACCUCGCUGCAGCCCGCGGCCCAGCCCCCGACGCCCCCAACCUACGCGAUCGUGCAGCCUCUGUCGGACGCAGAGCUGGUCGUUCAGUGGGAGGCACCGCUAUCCGACGGCGGCGAGACGAUCUCGGACUACGUCGUGGAGUGGGACACGGCCACGACCUUCGACAGCGGUGCGGACGGCAACCCGUUGGGGUCGACCGUGGUGAACGCGUCCGAGAGGGGGUCCGUGGCGGACGUGCAGGCGGUCCGAGUGUCCGUCGACGACGGCCUGUUCGUUUCCGGGUCGUUCUUCCUGGAGUACGACGGCCAGGUCACCGACUCCAUCCCAUUCGAUGCCUCGGGCGCGGAGGUGGAGGCGGCCCUCGAGGCCCUCUGCACCGUCGGGGACGUGGGCGUGACGCGAAGCCUGGGUCCCUCGAACGGCGGGCACACCUGGCUGGUGACCAUGAUCUCGGUGGCGGAAGGAGGGGAGAGCGGCGACGGACAGGUAACUACGCCUUCCGCCCUGCAAACGGUGGGGUCUCACAAGCUCCGAGUGGACGGGGAAAACUUGCUCGCGUGUGGAGAUGACUCUCGUUCCGGGUGCUGGAGCGACCCAGACCGUACCAGCGCCGAGCUCGAAACCAGCAGGGAGGUGCAGCGGCUGCUGUGCCAACCGGCCAACGACUUCAACAUCACCUUCAUGGGCGAAACAACGAGCGCGCUGCCCAGCGACGCUAACGCGACCGAGAUCGAGGCUGCCUUGGAGGCGUUGUACAACGUUGGGGAUGUAACCGUCACCGGCUCUUGCAGCGGCCUGUCAGCGGCGAGCUCCUACAUCUAUGUUAGCUUUGAGAACGAUGGCGGAGAUCUGCCGGUUCUUGCAUCAAGCCUGGAGGGAGACUUCGAGGAGGUGGAAAGAGGAAGCGCUCAGGUCGUCGUGGGGCAAAAGCCGUUUUCUUUUGUCAUCAGUGACAUCGCCGCCACGGCUGCUACACCGUGGGCGGUGAGGGUCUCCGCGUACAACCGUGUUGGGUACAGCGACUUCGCCGUGGCCGUUCAUGACUCGAGCGAAAUGGUGGCCGGGGGCGUGGGCGCUCCAACUCUGCCCGAAAACAUCGCCGUCGAGGUUGCGACCGCGCGUUCGGCGUGGGUGUACUGGGACGCCGCUGCAUCGGACGGCGGCGAUCCGGUCACCGAGUACGUUGUCGAAGUCGACACAUCGGAUGGGUUCGACUCCGUCUGUGGGGAUGGCCCCGAGGUGCAGACGCUGACCAUGUCUUCGGCGAACGCCACCCACGAGGGCGAGGAGUUCAACCUCACCAUCGACGGCGUACAGCACUUCACGUGCCUGGAAUGGAACGCCGGGGUUUUCGCGGUGCAGGACGGUCUUCGCGCGGCCGGCGGGGCCCUCGAAAACGUCGUCGUGACCCGCGGUGGGGACGGAACUUCCGCCUGGGCCUACGGGUACACGUACUCGGUCACCUUUGUCCACAACAUGACCGACACCGAACUGGCAAACAUCCCGCAGAUGGAAGUGUCUUCCUGCGGAGAGGGGUCGGAUGAUGUUGUCUUCGAGGUGAAGACCCUGAGAGAUGGUACCACCGCCACGGAAUCGGCGUGCCAGGCGAGAAACCUCCUUCCGGUGCAGUCGGACGCUGUCUCGGCUUCUGCGGCAGAGGGGGCCGGCAAAACGGCGCGGGGACAGUUCGGUCACUUGGUGGAGGGGCUAGCGCCCGGGUCGUCUUACAGGGCGCGAGUCGCAGCGGUGAACUCUGUGGCUAGGUCCCCGUGGUCCUUCCUAGGGUACCCCGGUCGCCCGAUGACGUUCUCUCCCACCGCGGAGCCCAAGAUUCCCCGGAAUGUCACCGUUACACCAGGAAUAAACCCGGGGAACUUCCACGUUGGCAUCGGCCUGCCCGUCGGCAUCGACGUGACCGGCGCUGAAGGGCUUCCGCUACAGGGAUUCCGGGUCGAGGUUGCCAAGCGCGUGAACGAAAUGCAGAUGGUGGCCGUGGUGUUUGCUGCAUCGGACGCUGCAGCCGGGUCGACCGUAGCGUACCCGACGCAAGGGUCGUACACCCUGACCGUCGGCAACGCCACCACGUGGUGCUUGGAUUGGGAUGCCCCGGCGGAGGACAUACAGCUUGCUCUGGACAGCCUCGCGACGGUGGACGGGAUCGAAGUUGACGCCAUGCAGCCCGAAAUCAACUCCACGUCCAACGGGACGACCUCCGAGUAUUCUUCGCGUCCGAUGCUUGUGUCCUUCACGGGGCCUCAUCUAUCGAACGGGGACCAGGACCUCAUGGAGUUCUCUCUCUGCACUACGCUCAACGCCGGCGCGUACCUCGAUGUGUACACCGUCGCAGACGGCGUUGCCGGAGUCAUCAGCCCCACCGUCGCCGUGUCGACAGCUUUCGUUGAGGACACCGAUGACGAUAAUGAUGCCAUGAUGUCGGGAUCCUUUUCGGUGUCGUUCGGAUACCGAGGCGACCUCGGCCUUCGCCUGGGCGAGGGCAACGAAACCUCGGUGUACGUUACGGCAGAGGCAGGAUCAAGGACCAUCCAGUGCUCCGAAGACCUUAGCCACUACGUCAGUGCCGGAGAUGUGAUAGAGGUUGGAGGGGUGCAGCUAGUCGUUACGGGCGACUUCGUGUGCGAAGACACGGUCGCCUUCGACAACACCGUCGGUACCUACCCUUGUAGCUUUGCGGUGGAGUCUCCACACCCCUCCGGCGCCGUCGCCGUCCCAGCGUACGGCGCCUCCAACGGCUUAGGCAGCGUGCACGUUGAGACCGGAAGCACCAGGGUGCUGACCGACUGGGAUUUGACUCCCUAUCUGACGGAAGGAGAUUCAAUCAUCUUGCGCGAUCCAACCACCGGAGAGUACUUCGAAAGCGUGGUGGCGUCCGUCGACCAAGAUCGCGUCUUCCUGCAAUCGGGCUACGACGGCCCAUCUGCCGUGAGAGCGGCUGCCUUCUUCAGCCCCUACGCCGUCGUGCCAUUCGACGCUUCCGCCGAAGAGCUCCGGGACGCGAUAGAGUCGCUUCCCAGCGUGGGAUCAGCGGAGGUUACCCGCGAAGGCCCGGACGAAACUCUCGCCUUCGCGUGGUCGGUAUCGCUGACUUCCUUCGACGGGCCUCUCUCAGGAGCACACGCCCUGAAGGUGUCCUCGACGACCGGCAAGGCCUUGGAGGUGGCCGGGUGUGGCGGGGCAGGCAACGGGACGUACGCGGCUACGGGAGACAUAGUAGACGGCCGCAUGCGGUACAAGCUGGUCGACCGACCGACGUACAUCCAGUACGAUUCUUCCGCGGACGCCGGCAGGGGGCGGUGGGUUGUGACGUCCGACGGGGCGGAAGAGCCGUACGUCAAGGCGACUAUUGGCCCGGAUUCCGCACCACGGGACUCGUUGAUUCCCCCGACCGGAAGCGGUUCCUACUGGAACGUGCCUUCCUGCAACGUGUCCAUUCCGGGCUCGCCCACCGUGCUCCUGGGUGGCGGUGUUUCGAAGGCCGACGUAGACGUCGGCGUUGAGGGCAGUUUCGUCGAGCUUGCCCAGGACGUGUCAACUCGGCCGGGGGUGCCGGAGGUGCAAGAGAUCCAGCUCGGGGGCAGCAGUGACGCUUUGGAUGGUACGUUCAUGGUCGACUUUGCUGACGCUGGUGGGUUCACCGCGGCGUGGGACAUUUCUGCAGGAGACAUGGAGGUUCUCCUAGAGCAACUGCCGACCGUAGGAGACGUGACCGUCGCACGCGGUGCGGCCCCGGCAGGCUUUUCCGACGGCUACACGUGGACCGUCACCUUCGAGACGCAGGUCGAGAAUCUGGAGCCGUUGUUCGUGGACGGCAACUCAACCGGGAGACCGAUCGUCGGACCGGACGCACAGCUCUCUGUCGUGGAACUCCGGCGAGGCGUUUCCCCUUCCCUUGCCCUAGAGCUCGCCGGUUUAGUGCCCGGAGAGACGUACGUGGCUCGUGUGUCGGCUGGAAACACCGCUGGGUACGGCCCGACCACGCUCGCGGACGCUGCUUCUGGUGGAGAUCGCGGAAGCAAUAACGACGGCCUCGGCAUCGUGCCGUUCGGAGUGGUCGCCCGAGCCGCGCCGCAGACUCCGCGCAUCGCCGGUGUUACCGCUGUUUCGGCGUCUCAGCUGGAGGUUGCCCUGGAACCACCGACGGACACACCUGGUUUCGAAGCUCUUGGAUACAAGGUGGAGUGGACUACAGCCGAGAACUUCGGCAAAAACGAGACCAAACUUGUAACUGUGUCCUCUGAUGUGAACGACGACACCGAGGGGCGGUUCCGACUUCGGUUCGGGGGACAAGCGACGUACCCCCUCCAGCACAACGCGUCUGCCGACAGCGUGAGAGAUGCCCUCGAAAUCCUCGCGACCGUGGCGGGCGUGGGCGUUUCGUCAUCCCCGGACAUGCUCCUGGCAUCGCCGUCGUCGGGAAAUUCGUCCGCCGUUUUUGGUUCGGCGUGGACCGUAACGUUUGUCGGCAUGACGGGACCCUUGCCGAAGGCCGGGUACGCGUGCACGGGGUGCGUGUCCGCGUUGUCAAACAACAGCCUCGUAUCUGAUGCCCUGCCGGUUCGAGUCAACGUCACCUCUGACCUGACGGACGUACUGACGGCGGGGGACCGGAUAUCCCUGUCGCCCCACCACGCCAACGCCUCGGCUUAUGAAGCAAUGUGCCUUCUGCUCACCGAGGAGGUGACAGCUGACACGGUGUACGCUUCUGAGCUACCUGGGUCAGCUUGCGCGUUUGUUGAUGGCCCGGACGCUAUGCUCGCACUCUCUUUCUACGACUCUUCCGGCCUAACGGUGGAGCACGUCGACCUGAGGUCCGUCUCCGGCGAUGGCUCAAUUUCCGCGUACGUGACGGAGCUCGUGUCUGGGGCGUACCCCGACGUGUACGGGUACGCGGAGCUCAGCGCCGAGGAGGGCUGCGGCUCCUCCGUGUUGGGGCCUUCCUCGUCCGUGCAGCGCUUGGUGCUGACCGCAGGGUCAUCAAACUCCCCAAUCACGCCCAUCGUCAACGGAUCGUACCGAUUGGCUCUCGGAGAGCAUAUGACGGAGUGCAUAAAAUACAACGCGACACCGGCGGACCUGGCCUCUGCCCUCGGAGCACUCCCCAACGUGGCGGGCGGGGCCUCUGUCUUCGGCCGGGUGUUCGUCGACGACGGCACGUACUACCCGGUGAACGACCAGGAAAUGCUGGUGACAGAUGGGCUCGGGUACGACUACCUCAUCCGCUUCUGGGGAGCGUACGCGUCCAAGAACGGGGCCUGGCCUCAGCUCAGAGUGCCUGCCGAGUACUUCGGCCGAUCGGACGGAGGGAGGUAUGCAUGCGACGAGUUUGUGUCUAUGGAUGGCGAUACCGAGCCGUCUGCGCAGGUGGUCAUGCUCAAGCAGGCGCGUACAUGCGCCUCUGGGAACCCCACGACACAGGUUAUCCUUGCCGAAGCCUCGUCGGCUCUGGGAGGCUCCUUCUCGCUCCGCCGGGCGGACGGACAGCAACAGGUCGUGCCGCUUUCGUCGACGGCGGCAGAGAUGGAAGUUCUCCUGUCCGAUGCCUUGGAGGUAUCGGUGGAUGUCGCCGAAGCGCGCAUGGGCGACCACUCGAAGGCUUGGCUGGUCAGCUUCGACGAGUCCGCCGGAGACACAGACCGCCUGGCGGUCUGCGACCGUUUCGCCACCGGGAGCGGCGCCUCCGUCGGCGUCUACGACGCCGUGGUGAUGACGACGUCUGCCUCCAACGCCGCAGGUAACUCGGGCCACUUCCGCGUCCUCCUAGGUGGGGCGGUGUCCGACCUCCUUCCUUUCGAUGCCACGGACGGCCGGGUCGACGUGGCCCUCCAGGCGAUGAUCGGGGUCGGGAAGGUCGCCACUCUCAGCCCUGUGGCUCUCGGCGGGACGGGUGGGGUCGACAUCGGGAACGUGACGCUGUUCAACAACAGCGCCUCGGUGGAGGCAGCCGGGGAUUUGUCCAAGACUCUCGCUCCGGGCGACACCGCCGUGUUCGGGAUCGUCGAACAGCAGUACUUCGAGGUCUCCUCGCUCACGUACAGCGCGGUGUCUGACGUCACCACGCUUGCCCUCAACCACACCGUCACGGACCUCGCGUUCAACAGGAUCAACUCCUCGGCGGUGGUAGGGACCGCGACGGUGUCUCGUUCCACCCUUCCUGGUCGAGCGAGGAUGGUGUCUGACGUGCGGGUGCUGUAUUCCUACCCGAACGUGGAGGCCUCGGUGCGGAAGCUUGAGCUAAGCGAAGGAGGGGUGGGCAUUCUCGGGAUCGGUCUAAACUCGACCGUCAUCGUCGCCGGUGAGACUUACCAGGUUGCGGACUACGAGAACGACAACUUGGAGCUAUCGCGCGACUUUGUGGGGCCGACUGUGGUGGGGGGAGACAUCAACUUGAAGGUGUUCGGGACGUCCAUGGUCGUCGCUUUCACGCGGGAUGUUUCGGACAAGGCCGGGGUGGGAGAGGUUCUGUGGAUAGAGAAUGCCAACGGAGACGUGGACGAGCUGAAGGUCGAGGAGGAGUUCUCGCACAACAGUUCGUAUCUCCUGUCGGGACUGUUCUCGUCCGACUACAACGGGAUGACGGCCUACACCCUGGGCAAUGGGCGCACGUGGAUCCUGGCCUUCAAGCACACCGAUGUCGACCUCGAUACGUUCCAGGUAGAGCCCCAGCAGAACUGGCGAGGGUUGGGGGGCUCCAUAGAUGUUCAGCGACCGCGAGGCAUCGCGCCACUCACCGCUACCUUGGGUUCGCCUUCCGAAGUGCAGACGGUGGCUCUAAGGUCCAACCAGUCGCGGUGGGAGGCCGAGAAUAUCGAACUCAACGCGACGUGGUCACUGUUGCUAUGGCCGGAAGACGGGGCGACAGCACAGCUUCCCUGGGGCGCCACAGCCGCCGAGGUGGUUUCCGCGCUGGAGGCGUUAUCGGCGGUUUCUCGCGUGGACGUGGAGAGGCUCGGGGACGGCGAGUCGGCUGAGUGGUUCUACGGGUACAUCUACACGUUGAGCUUCUGGGGCGUGCAUGCUUCCUCGGGCUUGCCGCAGGUAACCGUGGAGUCAUCGCUGGCCGGAGUGACGGCAUACGUGGACACCGUGCGGCAGGGAGCCGCAGUAGCCUCGCAGACACCGACCCUGGUCGCCCUGAAGGAGGGAGUUCCUUACUCAAUACGCGCUAGCGCUUUCGGGGCGGAAGGGUACGGCCCGGCUUCCGACAUUGCGGUAGCGGAGACCCCCUCAGUGGGCAUGCUCCCCGGUCCUCCAACGGCGGUAACCCUGGGAUCUUGCAAGUACUCGUCGACGUCCCUGGGCGUCAAGUGGCGGCCGCCGCUGAAGGACGGGGGGCAGAGCGUCGACGCGUACCGCGUCGAGUGGGACCGCUCGCAGCCCAUCUCCGAGAGCAGCGCUGCGUACGGCACGGACUACCUGCAGGUGACUCACGAAGUGCAGGAGAUCUUGGUGAACUUCCGCUCCGGAGACUCGGUUGCCACGCGUGACGGGACCUUUUCGGUGUCCUGGGGCGGACACUCCACCGCGGACUUGCCCUGGGACUCGUCUGCCGCUACCGUAGAGACCGCCAUCCUCGCUAUUUCCGGCGUGCAGGAGCUCGCCGUGAACCCCAUCGGAGUCACCCGCGUGCCCUACCGCAACGGAUUCCGGUGGACGGUCACCUUCAUGGCGUGGAGAGGUGACCUGGCCAUGCUCCGGGGAGACGGAACCUUGCUGGUCGGGGAUGACCCUUCGCUGACGUUCAGAGAAAAGGUGGCCGGAAGGGCGGAUAUCUACCCGGGGGACUACACCAACGAGGUGCAAGCCGUGACGGUUACUUCUCUGAGUGCCGUGUCGGGCACGUUCACGCUGGCGUUCGAAGGCAAGGAGGUGGCCGCGGUGAGCUACGACGAGUCGGCGGAAUCCUUCAAGGAGAAGCUCGAGGCCAUAGAAACCAUCUUCUGCGUGGACGUGAAGCGGUUCAACGUGGACGAGGAGCUGAACCUGCACAGCUGGUACGUGACGCUGGCGUGGCUGAACGGAGAGGUGGUACCCGGGGCCGGCAACCUUGGUCUCUUCACCGUCGAAUCCACGUCCAACCUCGACGGCAACGGGGCAGACGUCGGCGUGUUCGAGCUGGUCGCCGGGACAAACCCAAUGGAGUACACCAUUUCGGACCUCCUCCCGGGGGUGCAGUACUUCGGUCGGGUCGCCGCGCACAACUCGCGAGGCUUCGGCGAGUUCAGCCCCGACGCUUCGGGCGUCCCUCAGGGGCAGCCAGGGGUGCCCUUCGACGUGACGCUUGCCAUUGGAAGCGGUUCUGCCAUAAGCACCACAUGGUCUCGUCCGUCGUCGGAUGGGGGCGCGGCCUUGUCCGGGUACAUGGUGGAGUGGUACACCACGGCGGACCCCGGCCAGAGCGAGGUGCAGAUGGUCACGACUUCGGCCAAGAAGGGCGUGAGCGAGAUCCAGACCGUGUCCAUCACGGCGGACGAAAACAACCUCGGCGGCUACUACACGGUUUCCUUCGACGGCCAAACAACGGGAAACAUCGCGUGGGAUGCCCCCGCCACGGGCACGGAUUCCGUCAAGGAGAAGCUCGAGAGGCUACCCGGCGUCGGGGACGUGGACAUCACCCAAGAUUACUCCAGGGUGGCGGUGGCCGGUUUGCGUGUUGACGUUCUCGUCGGCGCCGACAGCGCCACGGCGGGAACCUCCUCGACGCUCCUGCCGUCCCAGUCGGGGCUCGUGCAGAACGACAUCGUCUUCCUGGCCGGGUAUCGAGCGCGUGUCCGGGGGUUCUCGUCCGACGGCAGCACGCUCCUGUUUGGAUCGAUGGACGAUUACACCGAGGCGGACAGCUUUGACGAGGACUUUGGCGCCGAGGGUGUCAUCGUCGAGAAGUGGGCGUACGGCUACGAGUACGCGGUGAAGUUUAGCUCCUACAACGGCGAUGCCCCCCUCAUGGAGGCGUCUGCGUCUGACGGGUGGGCCGGCACCAACCCGACAAUCGACAUCGAGGAGGUGACGCCCGGGUUGCAGCCAAUCAGUGGCUCAUUCCGGCUGAGGUAUGACCGAGAAAACACGCCGCCCCUGGCGCACGACGCCUCCGCGGAAGAGGUCGAAGCGGCCCUGGAGGGCAUCAUUGACAUCGGUGACGUCACCGUGUCCAAGGUCAUCAACGGGUACGGGCACAACUGGAUCAUCACGUUCGUCACCGAGAUGGGGGACGUGGGCCUCAUGGAGGCCGACGGCACGGGACUGACCGGCCCCAGCGCUGCCGUUUCCGUCUCCGUGGGGCAGGACGGUAUCCUCCCUCCCUUCUACGGGAGCCAGGAGAUAUCCGAUCCCUCCAUCCUGGACUACACGAUCGAGGGCCUUACGCUCGGCGAGGCGUACUCGAUCCGCGUGCGCGCGGCCAACGCAGAAGGCUACGGGGCUGCGGCCGGAGCCGUCCCGGCGAGCAUCCGCCCACUCGAAGCCCCUGGGGUCCCCGUGGACGUGGGUCUGAUCGUCAUGAGCGACGCCAUGCUAAAGCUCGUCUGGUCCGCCCCGCUUUCCGACGGCGGCAACACCGUGACCCAGUACCGCGUCGACUGGGACACGGCUGCGGACUUCUCUAACCUCGCCACCUCCGGGUUCUACCACGUCCUCUCCGUGGGCGACGACCCAGGGCCGUACUUCUACAACAUCGUCGUCCCGGCGGCGUCCUCCUGGCUCCCGCGCUUCGCGCGCGUGACCGCUUACAAUUCCUUCGCCUGGAGCGAGCCCGGCGUGCCCGAUCCCGCCAGCAGCCAGCCCGCGCUGCGGCCGCCGGGCGAGCCCCAGUCGGUCACGCUCGCCGUUACAUCUGGGGUCGGGCUGGCCGUGUCCUGGGAGGAGCCGUCGACGAACCUGGUCGUCUACGGGGGGGACGGCGGCAGCGCCAUCGAGGAGUACCUGGUCGAGUGGGACACGAGCGCCAAGUUCGACUCCCCCGCCAGGCGAGCCGUGGUGGCUAUGCCCGCCGCGCUCUCGCACCUCAUCGGCGGCCGGGACCUCAUGACCGGCGAGGAGUCCACCGACCUUGAGCCCGGGGUGACCUACUACGCCAGGGUCUCCGCCUUCAACGGCGAGGGGUACGGGGCCGUCGUCCCCACCGUCCCGAGCUCCGCCACAACCGAAGACCAGGUGCCGGCGUCUCCGGAGCUUCUGGGCGGGGAGACGAACGGGGCGACAAGCAUCGCGGGUUGGUUGAGUCCCCCGGCGAGGGACGGCGGAGAAACCUUGACCAAGUACCGGUUGGAGUGGGACGUUAGCGACGACUUUUCGCACAUCAACGGGUCCAGCAGAGCGGGCGGGUGGGAAGACGUGCCGCUGGUGCAGGAGGUGCAGGCCUUCGCCGUGUCCUCGUCUAUCGGUCAGGAAGAACAGUGGAUCAUCGCCACGGUGGAAGUGACCAACGAGCGGCAGACCGUCCGAACCCAGGUUGACGGGGUAGACGAAGUUCAGAUGAUCGUCACAUCCGCAGACCGGGUGCAACCCCACAUUCAGACCGUCACCACAUACGCCGCGGACUUCGACGAAGUGCAGACCAUAGCGCUGGACGCCGACGACGUGGACGAAUGGCAGUAUGCCUACAUCGAUGUCGCACGCACCGUCUAUGAAAGCCAGGUCUUGACGGUUUCUGCCACCCGAGAGGACGAGGUCCAGCAGCUGGUGGUGACCUUCACCGGAAACACAACCGACGGGGGGGUGAAGAUGAUGGCCGACGCCCCCACAAACGCCUUCGUCGCCCUCACGUUCGACAGCGGGAGCAUGAACUGGGCCUGCACAGAUGCCACGGAAACCGCGCCGGAUAUCAUCGACUUCACCGGGCAGCAGCCCGUGAAGGACGCUUUGGAAGGCCUAUCGAAUAUCAACGGCGUAACCGUUACGUGGGAAGAGGUUAUCACCGCCUACGACGACAGCGCAGGCACCCUGGAGCUUCGGUACAACGUGACAUUCGACGGUGACUGUGUCAGGGGCAACGUCCCGACUGGGGGACUCGCACAUUCGUGCUACGCGAGUGCCACCGACGUUCUCGCUGACGUCGAUUGCAGCAUCACGACGUUGGCCGACGGAAACGAACCCGAGGGGUCGUUCUACCUGACGUACCAUUGCGAGUCCAUCGUCAACUCCACAAUGGCAAACGUGACCCAGUACAGCGACCUGAUGGUGUUCAACCACACCGGCGGCGUCGAAGUCGGGGACACGCUCCGCGUCAACACCAUCGAGGGGUCGACCGGGGGCAUCGCUACCGACUGGGAGUACUUCACCAUCACCGAUGUCAACGGCUAUUACAUUACCGUUGACGUCAGCAGCACCGCCGUCGACAUUGCGGACGGAUACUACUACGUGGAGUAUGGCAACUUUUACUCCGGGCCUGGCAUGGACCACGGGGUCAGCGCGAACUGUUUCCAGGCCGACCCGGACUUCACCAACAACCCCCUGGACCACGACGUGUCUGCGUCGGAUCUUCAAGAUGAGCUGCAGGGUCUGGCCCAGGUUAACAGCUCUGCUGGAUGCCUCGAGGUGGUACGCAACCCCAUCGAGCUGGGAACAACGGUGGACUUCGGGUCCGGCACCCCGGUGGAGGUAAUUGGCUACCAGUACAACCUCACCUUCUACUGCGCCAACGGCAACGUGCCCACCCUCGGCUGCAACACCAGCGGCACGAGCCCCUUCACCUCCACGAACGAGGACAUGAACGGCCUCACCCCGCCGGAGGGGAGGCAGUGCCAGGUCACCAGCGAGAUCGACGGGUCUUCCGUCUCCGGAGACUUCACCCUGUCCACGUCGUACCCCCACCAGAAGGAGGGGGACCCCGUGUGGGGCUACACAACCUCCGGGCUCAGCUGGCGCGCGACCGCCGAGGAGGUCGAGACCGCCCUCGAAGACGUGAGGGACGCGGACGACGCCCGGGUGUUCGGGGCCGUCACCGUGGAGAGGCACGUGUACUGGCCGGAAGGGGCGUACAAGUGGUCCGGUCAGUACAACUGGUCCAUCACGUUCGACACCCGGCCGGGGGACGUGCCGGAGACGCAGAGCGCGUCGACGGUGGUCACCAACGACGGGGAAGCCGCCGCGGUGUCGGUGGGGACCGCCCGCGACGGCAACGAGAUCGACGGAGGGUUCGGGCUGUCGUUCUGCCCCGGCGGGGGCGACUGCAUAACGACCAACGCCACCUACUUCAGCGCCUUCCUGACGGAGGAUGAGCUCAAGGCUCGAUUCUCGGAGGCGUUCUUCACGCGGGGCUCGGUUUCGGUUAACGUCAGCGAAGCCUUCGGGGCCGCCGAGGUGAGGAUCAGCUACCCGGACAACGACACCGCGGCCAUCAUCGAGGUCUCCGACUGGCUCCGCUUCGACAGCACCGACUACACGGUCGACAGCGUCGUGGAAGACCCCGCGGACGGCGCCUACGACCACCUCGUGCAGCUCAGCGCGAACGUUACCUCCCUCAAGGGAGCCUACGACGCCACCUUCGGCACGACAGCCGUGUCCGUCACCCGCAGCGGGCCCACGCAGGCCAUGGGCUACUCGUGGGAGGUGACGUUCUCGAACAAGACGGUGGGCGGGAACCAGCCGGACAUCGACUCUACGUCCUCGGAACUAACCGGAUCGGGGGUGGACAUUGUCUUGUCGGAGACGCAGCAAGGGAACCAGCUGACGGGGACGUUUACGCUGUCCUACGACGGCGAAACCUCGAGCGAGAUCCCCUUCGACGCCGCCGCUGCCUCCGUCCAGUCCGCCAUCAACUCGCUCUCCAGCGUCUACCCUUCGCGGGUAGACGUUACCCGUACGGAAGAGACCAUCGACCGGUCCCAGCAGGUAGGGGGUUACACGUGGACCAUCCUCUUCGACUCCGACACCUGGCACGACCCCACCGAUCACUCCUCCUCUGAGACGUACGUAGACGGGAGCUGGAUAGGGGAUGCGGCAGACUGGGCGGACACUUGGCCGAGCACCGGGGAGGGGCGGUUUUCGAAGGCGUGGGGGAGAAACGUCGGGCGCUUGCCUGACAUGGACUGCUCGAGCGAUGGUCUCGGAACCACCCGCGGGGACGGCUCUGAGGAUUGCAAGAUCACGACGAUCCAGGAAGGGACGAACCCGCUAGGGGGGACCUUUACCCUGACGCUGGACGCCCAGGGUCACGCGGUCAUGUCAGCCGACGCUGUGUGCACCACCGGGCCCAUCGCCCACAACGCAUGGGCCACGGCGGAAGAGUCGGACGGAGACGGGACUUCCAUGGAGGAGGUACUCGAGGCCACCGACUGCAUCGGCGACGUGUCCGUCAGCCGAGGAGAUCCAAACCUCGCUACUCAAAACGGUGGCUACGCCUGGCUUGUCACUUUCCUCAGGGACGCGGACUCCCCCUGCCAACAGGCCGGCGCCGACGGCCUCUGCAACUCUCCCGGUGACGUCCCCAAGUUCACCCUCUCGGACGACAACGCGGCCGACCUCCUGGGCACCAGCACCCGCAACGUCGUGUUCGGGGACGGAGACUCGACGCACGGCGCGCUCACGAUUCUCGACGUCGCAGACGGUACCACCAUGCCCCCCGGAGCCCCCGAAGUGCAGACGGUCAGGGUGUACGAUCUGGAACUUUCGGCCUCCGACAAGUUCGACGGAAACCCGGGUUUCGUGCUUAACCUGGGAGGAAACGCAAGCGGCUGCGUCCCGUGGAACGCCAGCGCCGAUCAAGUAGCGACCGCCAUCUCGGACACAUAUCCCCUGUACGGGGAGAACGUCGUGGUGACACGGUCGAUUCCUCCGGACGAGGAAAUCUGGGGGCUGCCGUCCAGUCCGGCGCCAAAUGGAUACACCUGGACCGUCAACUACGUGGGCUACGACGGCGACGUGCCUGACCCCGGGGCCGACGGGGGGCUUUACUUCAACUCUUCUGGGAACGCGACCGCUUGCCCGCCGCUCACGGGGUGGCAGAGGGUAGAUGCGCAGACGCUGGUCAACGGGACCGUCAACCCGGUUUCCUGCGAGGAAGAGGGCUGCGUGGACGGCGUCGUUCUUCGCAGAAACUUCUCGGACUUUUCGAUACCGGAGGACGCCUGCAAUAACGUCACCGUGCCGUGGAACGCGUUGGCGGGAGACAUCGAGGCCGCCAUCGAGGGUUGCGCCAACGGGACGCGCCAGGUGGAAGUCAGCCGCUCCGUCAUCGACCAGUACGGCACCAUGGAAUGGGAAGUGACCUUCACAAUGAACCCGGGGGUAACUCCUACCGGUGCAGGGGACGUGGAGGCGCUCUCCGUGGCUCAGAACCUGACGGGACUGUCGGAACGCGCCUCCCAGCCCGUCGUCACGGAAACCCAGCAGGGCUCCACGGGACUGUCGGGCACCUUCGCGCUGGACUACAACGACGUCGGGGGCUCGAGGGAGGUCAAGUUCGACGAAGACGCGGACCGCAUGAGGCGCAAGCUGGAAGAGAUGAGCACCAUCUCGGACGUCUACAUCGACCUCGAGGAGUACCCUUCCAACGACAGCGGGGGCUGGGGAGGCACCGCCGUCGAGGACGGCACCGCAGGGGGAUACGUCUGGAAGCUCCGCUUCCUGACGGUCCCCGGCACGUACAACGGGGAGACUUUCCCCGCCGGGACCGGUAACGUGGACGCCAUUGUCCCGUCGGCCUCCUCCCUGUCCGGGUCUUCCGCCAGCGUGGUCACCACCACCGUCACCGAAGGCGCGGAUGAGAUGGGCGGAGGGUUCGCGCUCGCGUUCGCCGGAGAGUCGACCGAAACGCUCCUGUACACCGCGGACGAGACGGCGGUCGAGGCCGUCCUCGAGGACCUGUCCAACGUCGGCGACGUUUCCGUGUCGUUCGACCCUUACACCCCUACCCGGAUCGCCAACGCCACCGUCACCGUAGCCAGAGACUCGUCCACCGCGGUGGUGUCUUCGACGCGAGACCUGCGCAACUUCCUGUCACCGGGCGUUGUCAUCCGAAUCGGCGGGGAAGACGCGUCUGCGGGCGGCACCCUGGCGGGAACCAACGGCGAGGGGUAUCUGGACUAUCCCGGUGGUGUGGGACACAGGUCGACGGUGGUUCCCGGCUGGCCCGUCCUCGAGACCGACAACGACCUCUCCUCCAAGGCAGCCGUCGGUCGUCAGGUCCGUGUUGCCGGUUCGCGCUACACCCUCCGAGGGGUAGGCUCCGAAGUCCAGGCGAUCACCCUCGCGGCCGACGAAUCAGCCUCGACGGACUUCUGGCAGCUGUCCCUGGUGCACUCCGGCCUGGGCGGGGAGACGUUGUGCUUGCCAUUCGACGCGACGGGUGAUGAUGUGGACGAGGCGCUCGAGUCUCUGGCUGCUGUUGAUGUCGGCGGGGUGGUUGUCACGCGGCGAGGCUCGGGGACCCACGGGGACCCGUACGUGCACUCGGUUUACUUCGAGGGCGGAAGCACUGCCGGGGAUGUCAAUGAGAUGUCGAUCAACACCACGGCCUGCGUCCUCGAGAGCGGCUUCGAGGCGCCGUUCAACGCGACGGCGUACGUCACCACCGUUCAGCAGGGGGGCCGCGUCGAGCAUCAGAAGCUGACCCUCGCCACAGAGGCCGGGUACGUCCGAGGGGAUUACUUCCGCCUCUCGUACAACGGCACCAGUUACGCCUCCACGGGCUGCCUGGAAUGGGGCGCCCCGGCAGAGGACAUCUCGGACGCCCUGUCCACGCUUCCCCCUGUCGGAGACAUUCCCGUACCGUCCGACACGCUGACCCUGAACACCUCGGGCAUGGACGUCUUCCCGGCGGCAACGGUGGCGCUGUCGAGCGACCAGUUCGUUGACGGUCGCCUUGAGAGGGGGGACGUGGUUCGGGUGUUCGGCUCCCAGAACGACGCCGAGUACUCCGUCAGCAGCGUCUCCGCGGACGGGACCUCCGUCACCCUGGGCACCACGUUCCGAGCGGCGACCGGUAGCGGGGGGCUCGAGGCCGCGAACGUCACCCGCGUCGUGCCCGACGCAAUUACCGUUGCCCGCUCCGGCACCGGCAAGAGCGUCACCGAGGUGCAGAGGGUCGUCGUCACGGCCACCUCCGAGGUUGUACCUUUGGACGGGCAGGGGUUCUUCCGGCUCCGGUGGGACCACGACGGCAUAGAGGGCAUCACCGAGUGCUUGGAGUUCGGCGCUGAGGCAACCACGGUCCAGGACGCCCUGGAAGCGAUCGGGUACGAUCUUGACGGGUCUGGGACUAGCUUCGAGGAAGGGGACGACGGUCACGUGCUCGUCACGAGGGAGGGCGACGCCAGCGCUUCCAGCGGCUACGGUUACGAGUACACGUUCGAGUUCAAGGGCGUGGCUGGGGUUAGCACCGUCGUCGGCAACGUGGAGCAGAUCCAGGUGGUGGGGAUCGGUGCGGUGAACGGCUGCACCGACGUCGGGGGAAUCGUCGACACCGAUACCCUGGAUGGCAUCACAGGAAACACCACCGACGGUUCCUACUACGUGGCCCCGAGCGUUUCAAUCGCCGGGAAGCUAGCCCCGGGCGACCGCAUCCGUAUCGGUGGCUCCACCGAGCCCUACCGUAUUUACACGGUCGCGCUCGCGAACGGCGAAGAACCGUUUUCGCUCACGGAGGCCUUCGACGGGAUUUCCACCGAAGAGGCGGCUAUUUCCAUAGUCGGCGACGGUGUUCCACAGUUCCACGUGGAAACUGUCGCUGACGGGCAGGCGGCGUGGACCUACGACAUCUUCUUCACGGCUCCUCACCUCGGCAACGUGCCGGAGCUGGUCGUCUUCGACGAAGGCACAGGGGAGUGCGUUUCCGGUGACUAUGACAACGAGAACGAGUGGUCCAUUAUCAGUGGGAUGCGCCGUGACGUCAAGCUGUCAACGGAAGAAGACGGUGGCAGCCGCGAAAUCGUAGAGCUUGCGUUGGCUUCUACAGCGGCGGCGGGAGGCCUGCCCGAAGGGGCCGCGAUGCGACUAUUCUUCAAGUACCACGGGGUGUACCACAGGGUCCCUGACACGGCCGAGUGCUUCCCGUGGGAGGCUGGCAGCACAUCGGUACUAGAAGCGGGCUUUGACGACAUCAUCGGUGAGGCGGGGUCGGUUCUUGUCAGCAGGAUCGGAGAUGAAACUGCCACCUCGGCGUACGGCUAUACCUACGGAAUCGACUUUGCCGGUACCGCAGUGAGGGGCGACAUGGAUCUGAGAUUGCUGAUCGCGCAAGAAACACUGGAUGGUGAAGCUUCGGGUGUAAGCGCGGUGAUUUUCGAUGGUCUCGGGGAGUCGUCGAGCAUUGAAGUGACACUAAACGACGACCUGGACAACGCGGGCUUCGCCGACGCCAUCAUCGGAUUAACCUACACUGGAUUGGACGUGAACUCAUCCCACACGUACAGCUACAACCUGACGGUGUGGGGGUUCGGCGACGACAUCCCGAGCGAGAGCUCCUCCUCUUCUUCCUUUGGGGGCGCCUACACCAACCACACCAUAGACUUUGCCGAAACCGAUCUCGCGGCACCCCUCAACGUGACCUUCGUGAGCAGCGACGGCCUGGUCGAAGAUGACACUUGGACGAUCCUCAUUUCUUCUUGCGGCGCUAACGCCUCUCUCCCCGCGGGUGCGUCGGUGACUCUGACGUCCGAACACGGGACCGUCGAGGAGGAGCUGCUGUCCUCGCUCGGGUUGGACGUGACAAUCACCCGGAGAGAGGACGCCACUUUCGCUCCGAACGGCUACAUAUACAACGUAUACUUCGAUGGCGAGAUGCAGGACGCAACAAAUGUGCCCGACCCGUAUACAUCCGGGGGCCUGAACGUCACGUACGAGGGCUGCGUGCCAUUUGAUGCCAUUGCCGGAGAAAGCGUCACUCUGGCUACAGUAGCUCAAGGAACUACGGCGGGGGGUAUCUCAUCUGCCGUGCAGCUUCCGCUGGGGGAUGUAGACGACCCUUCGCUGGAGGGAACGUUCCUUGGUGGAGAUGGCACCGCAGAGAUGGCCUUGUACCGUGUCUCGGGACACUUGUACACGGUGUCUUUCGACUCCAACCUUGGAGACCUUGUGGAUAUCACCGGGGAUUCCAGCUCUCUGAACGGAGACGGCGCCAGCGUGGAAACGUUCCCUUCGGAGAUCGUGAAAGGAGUGCUCCCGUCAAGGCACGCCGCCACAGACGCACAGACGGGCGUCCCUUACUUCUUGCGCCUAGCCGCCUCGAACUCCCUCGGCUUCGGGGAGUACGGGGACAACAUUGCGGUCGCCAAGGCGGCGAAGGCGCCCGACUCGCCCGGAAACCUAUCCGCUGGAGUGGCGCUGCACGUCGAUGAGGUGCAAACCGUGACUGUGGCGGCCACUCACCAAAACGAGGUGCAGAUCAUCACCACGGCCGCUCCGGCGAUCGUCGGUGUUCAAUUGAUGACAACAUCGGCCGAUGAGGGUGACACCGUCGAGGGAGAUUUCGCCCUCCAGUUCCCCGAGAUACAGACGAUUACACUAUUUUCCUCAGCGGAGGUGACGAGCGGGAACUUCAGCCUGACCUACACGGCCGUUUGGGCGAACGACAGCACCGGUGUCUUGAGCUCCGACUCGGAGACCACCGCUUGUAUUGACUGGAACGCUGGGGCGGAGGACGUGGAAGCGGCUCUUGAGGGUUUGUUGCUCGUCGACGAUGUCACUGUCGUCCGUUCAGGCGAUGCGUCCAACGCCUACGACUUUGGGUACACUCACGAGAUCGCCUUUGUCGGUCGGGACGUUAUCGGAAACGUCCAGCCUCUUACAGCGGACACAGACUCCUGCGCCGACUUUGUUGUCUCUGGCGGGGGUCAGUCGGGCAUGACCGUUGCGACGAGAAAUGAGGGAGACGCCCUUGGAACUGGAACUACGGCCCAAAACGUCAAGGUGUUUUCGGCUGUAGCAUUGACGGAGGAAGUUGGAGCCUACCGCCUGGCGGUGAACUUCAGCUCUUCCGAGCACUCUACCAAGUGCCUUUACUGGGAUUCCACGGCAGAGGAGGUUGAGACAGCUCUGGAGCUGCUUGACAACGUGGACUCCGUCCAUGUCGAGAGAGACGGAAGCGGUGGAGAGGAUGACGACUGGGGAUACACGUACAGCGUUUUCUUCGACGGAAACGCCUUCUACGGGGUCGGAGAGUCCGUGUCCCCGGUGUCCCGCCCUUCUCUCUCAGUCAACGCCUCCUCCGGGUGUUCCCCAUUCUCGACUACCAUCGACGGAGUCCUGACCGCCCUCGACAACGACACCACCUGGAACGGCGUAACCGCCUCUGACAUAGUCAGCGGCGGUUUCACCCUCAGCCAAUCAGCUACCGCGGAUGACGUCACCGAAGGGUUAUCGGUUCUGCCGUCGGUGACCUCUCCGAUGCUGACGUACCGGGGCGUCGCGGAUGACCAGCAAGGGAAUUCUUGGACCAUGUCGUUCUCGAGCAACGGCGGGGCGGUGCCCGAGCUGGUUUGCGUCACAGAUGCCGGCUUCGUCGGCUACUGCGAGGUAACCACGCUCGUAGAGGGCAACGAGGUUGGAGGCAGCUUCUACCUCAACGACACGAACGCCAUCGCGUCGGACGCCACAGCUUCGGAGAUGGAAAUCCUGUUGGAGGCCACAGACCUCGGGGACGUGAACGUUACACGCUCUGAUUCCGAUGGCCGCGGCGGGUACUCCUGGUCCGUCACGUUCCACGACUACGUGGGAGAUGUGCCCGCGCUGGUGGCGGACAACGACCUCACAGGCUACUCCGCCUCCAUCACUGUUGUCGAGGAGGUGAAAGGCAACGAGCUCGGUGGGACGUUCGCCCUAGAGCUGGAAGGGUACGUGACCGACGACAUGGCGCACGAUGUCACAGCUGAGGUGCUCCAGGGAUCCUUGGAAGAACUCGGAAACAUUGGAACUGUCGACGUCACCAGGACCGAGAUCGGAUCCGAAGGUGGAGCGGAGUACCGCAUCACCUUCGAGGAUGUCACCAACUCUGGCGAUGUCGCUCUCCUUGUCGCACACUCGGAGGGUCUGACGGGCGCCGGUUCCACGGUGGUCGCUAGGGAGGUUGUGAAGGGCAGCGAGGCCACCGGAAGCGCAGUUCGGGUGUCUUUCUCGGCCCCGCAGCACUGCAGCACGUCGCAGGUGUCGCUGGACAUUUGCGGGGACCCGGUGGCGUACUACGUGGUGGAGUGGGACACCUCUGACGGUUUCAACUCCGCCGCGCUUUCAAGCCUCGUUGUAGACGGAGAAGACCUGCUUCUGCAACAGCAGCGUGUCACGACGAUGGCGUCGUCGGCCAUGUCGGGCACCUUCCAGCUGUCCUUCAACGGUGAAACGACCCCUCUAAUUAACGCCGCCGCCUCAGCGGAGGAGCUCCGGUCUGCGGUUGAAGCGCUUGACAGCAUCACCACCGCUGCGGUGUAUCGCGACUUUGCGGUAACUCCCAUCGGCGGGGAAAGUGGUGACGACGCCGGCGAAAUCCUUUUGGACCUCACCUUUGGAAGCCAGAGCGCGCAGUGCAGCUCGGACAACGAGGACCUAGCUUCUUGCGACUACAGCUUCUCGGCGUGCCAGCUCGUGAGACUGGAAGACGUGUGGUACAGGGUCAAGGCAUCGUUUGAGCCCGACGGUAGCGGACAGAUUCCGUUGGCUGAGGAACACGACUGUUCAGUGACUGCUUCCUACAAAGGGGACACCAAGACAGGAUCCACACCGUACGCCUGGUCCUACGGAUAUGAAUGGACAAUUCACAUCCUUAGCUACGUGGGAACUCUGGGACCGAUCUCGAGCCCGAUGCACUCGCUGUAUCCUGCCGACUCAGCCGUCCUGUACAUCAGCGGCUCUGAUUGCGAGAGCUGCCUCUACAUCCCCAACGACGGAUCCUCCCUGACAAUGGGCACCCCGUACUACGUUAGAGUCGCCGCCUACAAUGCGCUGGGGGCGUCCGAGAUCGGCAGCGGGUCGGACGAUAGCUCCCUUGUUGUUGGGGUGGUACCGAACCAGAUCCCCUUCGCGCCGACGGACGUGUCGGUCACAGUGGUGUCUGGCUCGAGGUUGGAGGUGUUCUUCUGCGAUCCACUCAUUUCCAGCGGCGAUAUCCGUGGCUUCCUGGUGCAGUGGGACACUGACGAGGGCUUCGAGCAGGCUAUCGAAGGAGGGGACACCGGCGCCGGGUGUUCCGAAAUCGGGUUCGGGUCUUGUGUCGUGAGCGAUGCUGCCGUGGCCGGACAGUGCCCGUACUCGCUUCUUCUCACCGGACUGUCAGGUGGCGAGACGUACUACAUUCGUGUUGCGGCGCUCGGAGAUGUUGCGGCUCAACCGGUCAACCCGACGGGAGACCCCCCGGACAACACCAACUGGUCGGGGGUCAUCGAGGCCGUGCCGGUGGACCAGCCGCCCAGCUCGCCAGGUCCCGUGUCCAUCUACGUGCUGGACGGGUCUACACUGCAGGUGCACAUGGAGGUGCCGGCUGAGAGUGGCGGGUCUGACAUCACACAGUACAUCAUCGACGUCGACAGCGUGUCAACCUUCUCGUCUACCGGUCUGGCCAGCUACACCGUCGAGGCUGAUGAGCUGGGAACUCUAUACAACGGAGGAAGCGCGGUCUACGACAUCCCCGACCUCGACGCGGGAACGCUGUACUACGUGCGUGUCUCCGCUGUCUCGGCGGUGGGUACAUCGGACAGCACCCUCGCCGCCAACAACCCCGUGGCGCCAAGCCAGCACCCCGAUGCUCCGGCCGAGAUGGCGGCGGAGGCUGUCAUUGCAGGCGGGGAAUCAAUCAAUUCGGAGAUCGAGGUGGCAUGGGCGUCACCGGAGGAGAACGGAGGCUCUCAGGUUCUCGGGUACCGGGUGGAGUGGUUCGAAACUGAAACCGUCAGAAACGAAGUUCAGGCGGUUAGGAUGACCUGGGAGUCCGGAGACGAACCAUUAGAGACGUUCCGGCUGUGGUUCAAGGGGUCGUCGACCAAUGUAGGUAUGGACCCAGACGUUUCCUAUGUGAGCAUGCGAGACGCUCUCAUGAACAUCAACGAAGGGAGCGGCGACUUCCCAGUGGGUCACGUGGAUGUCGAGCGCUCCGCCAUCAACGGCGACGAAGGGUACGUGUACACGAUCGUCUUUGAGGAUACCGAAACCGAUGCCGGAGACCAGCCGAUGCUGACCCCGUCCGACACCUUCACGGGGACCGGUUCGAUCAGGGUGUAUGAAGUGACAUCUGGUAUCCGAGCAGGCGGCGCGGCAGAAGUGCAGGUGGUCUCCGUGACGGGGACCGGUACCGGCUCUCGGAAUGCAACGAACCCGGAUGAAGCCGUCGUUCGCGGCUACUGGAGGGCCCAGUUCGCCGCUUCCAACUUCAGCACUUACGUCUCCGCCGGAGCAUCUGCUGGGGAGGUGGAGGCUGCCUUGGAAGGGCUGGAGCCGACUGGAGACCUAACGGUAACGCGAAGCGAAAACGACGACAACGGUUACGACUGGCAGGUCACGUUCGAAACCCCGGUUGGAGACCGAGGUGCCCUUGUGCUAGACGACGCGUACCUGUGGAGCACUAACGACGACGCGGCGGCCUCGAUCUUGGACGGAGACAACGAGGUGGAGGAGUCAACAGGCGCCCUCAUCUGCAGCGACUGCCAGGUUGGCGAAGCCCCGGUGGGCUACGGUUACGCGGACCUAACCCAGGACGAACUGACUUACACAAUCUCCGGGCUUAGCCCUGGGGUUUCGUACACCGUGUACGUCUCAGCGUUCAACCGCCACGGCCAGGGCGCGAGAGCCGUGGUAGACUCUGGGGUGGUCACCCCGCCGCUGGCGGUGCCAUCCGCUCCCACGAAUGUCAGUGUCGCCACGAAGGGUUACAACGCUACGGAGGGAGAUGGCAUCGGGGAUUCCCAGCGACUGCUGGUGACGUAUUCCCCUCCUGCAUCCAACGGGGGCGAGGAGAUAACAUCCUACUGGGUAGAGCUAGACCCAACACCGACGUUCGACGACCCCAUCACGGAGGCGUUCCGGUGCCCUAACUCUCCGGACUACGCCACCUGGGUAGUGGAAACCUCUUCGAACACCUCCAUUUUCGAAGGAUACUUCGAGUUGGCUCUCACUCGAUCGGGAUAUGAGCUGGUGACGAACCCUAUCCCCUUCGAUGCGGUUGCCCUCGGCUCGGACGAAACCCCGGCAGCGUCAACGACGGACUCCCUGGUCACGUGCGAGAACGACGCGGGCAACAAUGACGACGAUUGUCCGGACAGCCGGUUGCAGAAGUCGGGCUCCAUGCAGAUGAAGAUGGACUACUUGGACACGGUGACCGAAGGCGUGCAAGUUAGCCGCCAGGAGCUUGGAUCAGGGCAGUACCGCUGGACUGUCACGUUCUUGGACGAGGGAGACGACUUCGAGCUGGAGGAUGUCGUGUCGAGGAACUACCUCAACACCACCACCGGAGAUGCGACGGAGAUCACGACAACCAAGCUCAAGACCGGAGUUGUCCAGAGCGAUUGCAGCGGGGAGAUGGUCGUUCCUACCGACGGUGGCCUCGUCAAGGGGCAAGCGUACUACGCUCGCGUCUUCGCCUACAGUCCUGUCGGCUUCAGCCAGGGCCAGGUGGCAUCCGGCCCCGCGAAGCCGACAACUGUGCCCGGCCGGCCAACGUCAGUUUCGGUGGAGGUUUACGACGCCCAGUCUUUGAAAGUAGUAUUCUCUCCUCCUGCGGACGAUGGCGGAGAUACAGUGGUGGCGUACUUGGUGGAGUGGGCGCUGGACUCCACCUUCUCGGACUCGUGGAGCUCUACUGUGUCUCUUCUCAGCGGAGGGGCUCCAUUCCACAAGGUAUUAUCGAGCCUCGACACGGGCGAGGCCUACUACGUGAGAGUGUCGGCCAGGAAUAGCUUAGGCUAUGGAGCCACUCAAAGCUCCAGUCCCACGUAUCAGCACCCUUACGAGGAACCCACAGCGCCUACAGACGUCGUGCUGGGAGUCACCUCUGACACCAUGCUAACGGCAAGCUUUUACCCUCCGAGCUCCGAUGGCGGUGACGAGGUGACAGCCUUCCUCAUCACGUGGGAUGUGUCGGAGUCAUUCAACAGUCUUGUGGGAUCGCCGCACUCGGGUAGUGCAAGGGUGAACUCUUCCGAGCGGGCCUACACGGUCCAGUACCUCAGCACAUCCAGGAGGUAUUACGUGAAAGUGGCGGCGGAGAACAGCGCGGGUGCAGGAGUCGCCCGUGCCGCGUCCCCCACCUCCUCCUACCCGUCCCAGCAACCUCCGGGCAUCCCCGUGGGACUGGUCGCUAGCAACGGCGACGCCGGCACGGCCACGGUUUCGUGGGACUUCCCGCUGGUGCCGACCCACGGUAUCCCUUGUUUCGGCACGGAGGAGACUCCGACGAUUUGCCCCACACCUGUCGGGGGGGUGUACCCGGGGUCUGACGGGGGCGAUAAUGUCUACGAGUACAGAAUACAGUGGAGCACGAGCCUUGGCUACGUGCCGUCUGAUUCUACUUUUGGCUACGCGGACGUGUCCAACACUACCUACACCGCCACCGGCCUGACGACUGGGCUAGAAUACUACUUUAGAGUGUCAGCGCGGAAUACAAUCGGGUACUCCGGUUUCUGUGAGCUUUCGGGCAAUACGUGUGCGGGGGACGAAGUGUCGACCAUCAUCACAUGA